GCUUAGUUUUAUAUUCAGUUAAAAUAUUCAGGGUCCCAGGUUCAAUCCCCGGCACUUCCAGUUAAUAGAUCAUGAGAAAGGCCCCACUCUGCCUCAGAUCCUAGACAACUACUGUUGCCAGGCAAGAGGAGACAAAGCAGGGAUCGGUGGAUCAGCCCUCCCAGACCCAUCCCCCGAUCCGUAAAGGGCAGGGGCUGGGGCAAUCCGGAAUCCUGCACAAUUCGUAGCCUAGGACGUGACGCCUGCUCCUUUAACGAUGGAGGAGAAUAAAAGCCGCUGUGCACAUUUAGCGCGAUGAUGGCUUGCGUUCCCGGUGCAAACAGCCGCACCCGUUUUCAAAGGAGUCAGGAGCGAGGCCUCUCCAAACACGUGGGCACCAGCAAUUUCAACGGGGGUUGACAUCGAUGUAAAUACAGGCGGCUCCCUAUCGGCGAUGCGGCAGCUCCUGCUGGUGUUUACAAAGCAGAGCGGACCCCCCAACACACAAUCCCGCCCCAUUCAACCGCCCCGGCUCUCACUUCGCCGCUCUCAGGGCGGGACUGGCAGCCCAGGCGAGCGAGCGAAGCGGCCCUCGCCGAAGCUUGGCUUCCUUUGCCGCUUCCUGCUCCUCCUCCUCCUUGGCUUCUGCCGCCGCCGCUCCAGCCUGCAGCCUGCGAGGGCGAAGCCCGUCGCCCAGCGCGGUGAGUGCGGCGGGCCGGGGGAGGCAAGCUAAGGGGAGGCAUCUCGCUUGGGUGGGGGCCGUGGAAACCGAAGCGGUGGGGGCGCGAGGUGCUGGGCGGGGAAGGGGCUGCUCGGCCUGUGGGCCCUUCCUCGUCCGCUUUGCAGUGCCUGGGGACCCCCGCUGAGGGCUCCGCGGUGCUUCCCCGAGGGCCCGAGGUCUUGCAGGCGGUGGCUGAGGCGCCCUUGACCCGGCCUUCCUCAGUCGUGGCCUAGGCAGGCGGCCUGCGCUGACUGGGGACACCUUUGGGGGUUGAAUUGUGACGCCGCCUUGCACCUCUCGCCCUGGCGGAAGAACUGGUAGGCCGGGUCCCGGGUGGUGAACGCUUAGCUCUCUCCGAUCCUUUAAAGGGCCCAGGCCUACGCGGGAGUAUUUGGGAGUAAGCCUCGACCCUGGGCUCCAUAGUGUUUGCUGCCCAAAUGAGUGUGCCCACUAACGUAUUGUUGGCCCAGUUGGCUAGAGUCAACAGUGUGAGGCAGCAGCAAAAAAGCUCAUGCUGUUCUAGGCUGCAUCAGCAGAAGUACAGUGCCCAGAUCAAGGGAAGUGAUAGUACUACUCUAUUCUGCCUUGGUCAGACCACACUUGGAAUACUGUGUCCUAUUCUGGGCACCACAAUUGAAGAAGGAUGUUGACCAGGAUGAUCAAGGGCCUGGAAACUAAGCCUUAUGAGGAGCGCUUGAAGGAGCUGGGUAUGUUUAGCCUGGAAAAGAGGAGACUGAGAGGAGAUAUGAUAGCCAUAUCUUAAGGGCUGUCACAUGGAGGAGGGAGCAUGCUUGUUUUCUCCUGCUCUGGAGGGUAGUAAUCAAACCAAUGGCUUCAUGUUGGAAGAAAGGAGAUUCCUGCUUCACAUUUGGAAAAACUUUCUGACAGUAAGAGCUGUUCAGCAGUGGAACAGACUCCCACGAGGGGUGGUGGACUCUCCUUCCUUGCAGGUUUUUAAACAGAGAUUGGAUGGCCAUCUGUCAUAGAUACUUUAGCAUUACAGAGGAUUGGACUAGAUGACCCUUGGGUCCCUUCCAAGAUUCUGUGGUGCCAAGGUUGCAGGUUCAGUCCUCAUACGGGCCAACUGCAUAUUCCUUCAUUGCAGGGGGUUGGACUAGAGUAGAUGGCCUUUGGGAUCCCAUCCAACACUGCAGUUCUAUGAACUAGUGCAAAUCUUGGGAACAUUGGGCUCUCCAGGUGUCGCUGGACUACAGUUCCCAUCAGCCCUAAUCAGCAUAGGGAUGGUGAGUGUUGUACUCUGGUGACAUCUGAAGGGCCAGUUGUUUCCCCAGCCUUGAUCUAGGGAAUACAUAUCCUCUGUAGUGUACAACACUCCUUAUUGAACAUCUCAGGAUUUGCGUCCAAGAAAACAUGUUCAGAUCAUGCAAGGAGGUAGUUGUUUUGCUGGUCAUGGUGAAUGGGGACUGCAAAAGCAUAAAGAGCACCCAAGGUAGGGGAGAAAAUGUGUCCUGUAUAUGUCCGCAGGAAAUUGUGAGUCAAGUAGUAAGGGCAGUUUGGGUGCAGGGAGUUGUUGCUAUAUUAGUCCCAAAGGAGGAGAAACAAAAUAGGUAAGCUGAGCUGUCUUGCUUGAGGCUGCCUUGUGUUGGUACACACUUAUGCAAGUUGCCAAGUCACACAGAGCUCUAAUAAAUGCUCAAGAGGAAGUGUGAACAAACCAAUCUCAAACUGCCAGUGCAAAUAGCACAGAACAAUAUUUUGUGAAUAUUUGACUACCCCUUUCCACCCCGUGUUAGAAACUGAGAUAUGAAGGCUAGGAGCUAAAUGGCACCUUAAACCUAGGUUAUGGGCACAACAACAGAAUGUCUAGGCACGCUUUUUACUAACAAGAAUACAAAACUGAAAAUUAAUGAACUGCAAUUAAAAUACUAUGUUCAUUUUUCAUAGGGUCUAGUCCUUCCCCUGCCUGUCCACCCCCUAAUAUUCUUAAGGGGGUCUCUUCUCCAGUCUUCAGAUAGUAGCUGGAAGUGGGGAGGCAGAAAAAAGUCCUCCUUCCACUCAUUCCACUCUACAGUUUUAAUCGGAAAUUUUAGGCUCAGUACUGAGCUCAGAAACUGCUUGCGCUGAUGAAAUUCCCUGUUGCAAAAUGCACCUAGAACAAUGGGAGUUUUGAACACUGUUUUCACCUGCAGGAGCACCCAGUUCUUGGAGUUCAUGUUUUAAGAAAAAUUCAUUAAGAACUCUAGGACAGGUUGGGAAAUCUGUGACUAUCUAGAUGCUGUUCUAACUUCCAUCAGCCCCAGCGAGAAUGGCCAAUGAUAGGAAAUAAUGGGAAUUGUAGUCCAACAAUAUCUGGAGGCCCACAGGUUCCCCACCUGCUCUGGAGUGUUGUGGAAGUUCUUGUUCAGGGCUUCUGCUGACAGGGCUGGUUGGUUAGCUGAAGCCUGCUCAUAAUGUGCUUCUAAAGCUUGGUUCAUUGUUGAAUAUAGUAUUCUAUAUCAUAGACCUCUGUUGGAUAGGAAUAGCUAAUUAUUACAUAUAUAUUAUAGAAACUGGCUCAGUAAAAGCUAAUUGGAGUGCCUUUGUACUUUUUUCCACUUGCAUGCUUACCUGUUUGGUGCCCAGAAGCUGACUGAUAGGUUUGUGCAUAUCAUUGAAGUUUUCCUUUGCUUCUUUGUUAUAAAUGUGAACUUUAUUCCUAAGGUGUGACAGAUGACCAGAAAUGCAAACAAUUAAAAAAGAAUCAGACUUGCUGUCUAGUCCCUUCUAGUUAUACCAGUAGGCCCUUGUGUCAUAUGUGCCUUGCCCUUUGUCAUGUGGUUCAGUGUUAGAGGAAAAAGGGAGCAGGAUCAAGCAUGUUUACAGAAGGCAGUUAUUCUUUUUCUUGUGAAUCAAAAUAAGUCAUUGGAAAGUGAUUUGAAAUCCAGUUUAUUUGAUGAGCACAGUCUUUUUUGUUUUGGGGGGUGGGGUAUCUGAAGCUGUCUUGUUAUCAAGAGACACCAUUGCUCCACCUAGACUUCAAUCAUAUGGUCUCUGGGAGAGUAUCUCUCAGGAUGGGUUAAAUCGAAUUUUCCAGCUACAAAGAGGGACAUUUGGCACUCUGGUUCAACCUCUGAUGUCAGAAGGGCAAAAAAUGGGUGUUUCUGUGGUGUGCCAGUAGGUGCCAGGAUCUGAAGGAGCCUAGGCCAUGACCAGGGAGAUAUGUAGAUAUGUGUGUCUAAAUUCCUCCUUCCUGUUUCCCUCUCUUUGGAAAGAAUAGUUAGGAAGUGUGGAAUAACUUAUUCAGGGAGGCAGGAAUCCUAUUGAGUGGUGCAGAACGUUUCUUUAUCUUCACUUCCACCCUGCUGGCAGAGCCCAUGAUUAUGUUGAAUGUGGUUCUUAAUGCAUCCCUCCCCGCCCACACCGACAUUAAGAUUGCAGUCCUUCACAGGCAACUUUGUAGCAGUGACAUCAACUUGGAAUUUUAGGGUUCAGUUCAUCCAUCAGUUGUAUGACUUUUCAUUCAUUUCCGUGGGUAUUGUGUAGAACCUCUGUGCUGUGCAGACCUAAACCCCUAGAAUUUUUUCAGAUGCACUUUGUCCUACUGGGCAAAUAAUGUUUUAUUUGAAGAACUGGUUUUUAUCAGUCACACCUGCCUCUAUUGCAUUUUGUUCGAUCCUAGGUUCUUUUAUUGUGAUAUGGUAAUUUUUAAUUGUUGCAAGCCACCCUGAGUGAGAUAAAUGCUUUAAAAAAUGUACUGCUUCCACUCUUUUCCGUAACGCCUACAUCUUCUCUGAGUGCUGGUCACUUGAUGAGAAAAUACGUAGUUUUAAUGAGCGUUUGUUUUACUUGCUUUUACUUUUUAUUUUGUUCUUGGAUAAGAAAUACCUUGCAGGAUCAGACUAAGGCCCAACAAAUCUAAUAUCCUGUUUCUAGCAGUAGCCACCCCUUCAUGCUUGUAGCAUGGUGGACAUCCUCUAUUGUUUCCAGCCUUAUCACUGAACUAAAGUGGUAACAUGAGCCAAGCAACUUCUAUGAAAUACAGCCACCUGAAUAACACUUGUGCAAAGUUACCGCUAUGCAGUACUGAGCCAAAUAUUUUAGAAUAUUUGUGCCAGUUACUGUAAUUUAGCUUUCUAAGUAUCUCUUUUUGACUUCAAAAUGAAGACAGCACUGCAGCUUACAAGUAGGCUAUAUGUUGUUGACUUGAGAAGUUUCUCGAUAAUGUACUUGAGUUGUAAAGCUUUUGUCAGAUUUCUCCAGGAAAUAUUGCAAAACUGGUAUUCUGUAGAUUUGUUCCCCCUUAAGUUGUGCAACAGCACACCAUCUGUCUUGGGUUUUGCUGGUAGUGUCCAAUGUAGAGCAACUUGUCCUUGGUUUGAGAUUGACAUGUGUCAUGAAGAACAAACUGGGGCAGCCUGCUAUGUAGAAAAAAAGUGAUGUAAUAUUACACCCUCGGCAGUUAGUGGCUUCCUAGGAAAGAGUGCUAAUCAUUCCAUCGGCCUGACAUCCUGCUGUCUUGUCAACCACUAUAUGUUUCCCCUUGGGCUGUACCAGAGCCACACUUCAGAACCCAUUAUCUCCAAGCUCCUGGGUUCUCUGACCAUAGAAGCAGCAUCUAAAUUGGAUCAUAAAAGAUGGCCAGCAAGCAGAUAUUUCCCUUCUUUUCAACAUUUAGUUUAAUACUGUAGAGAGUUGUCAAAAAUAUUUGUGAUGAAGCAAACUGUAGUGACCCACAUGAAUGACCUUGGAAGACAUGAAUGGCUUAUAAAAACAAGAAUCAGUAAAACCUACUUAUUCAUUUAAAAAUCUGCAGUUAAAACCAUCAAAUAGCAGGACUGGAAUAAAUCAAUUUCUUGAAUACAGAAAAAAUAACUUUUCAGAACCCAUCUAAAUUCAGGAAGAGAGGGAACAUGACAGAUUUAUCCAAGAAGGACAAUCCAAAGUUUUGAUGCCACUACAAGAAAGACCCUGUCUCUUGUAACCAUCUGUAUUGUCCACGUCAAAGGCAUGUGGGCUAUGCUUUGGUUGGUGUACUUGUUAAUGUAUCUAUCGCCAACAGACUUCGACUAAAUUACUGAAGAGGUGUUGAGGUUUUCCUAGUAUUGUUGUCUUGAGUGACUUUCAUUUGUAUGCUGAAUUAAGAGAUGUGCUCAGGUUUUCAUAGCCAUCAUGGCAAUAAUGGGCUUACUCUAACGAGUAUCUGACCCAAUGCUUGUUACAGGUCACAGUUUGAAAUCUGGUAAUUUAUUCUGAUCAGCUAAUGACUGAUUUGUGUCUGCAAAAUGAGGGCUGGGGCUUCUUCUUUGGGAUUUUAAGCCUCUGCACUUCUGAAUUCUGCCGUAGAACCUAUUUUAAAGCCUAGUCCACGGUGACAGUAAUGAGAUUUCAUUUUUGCCAUCAUUAUGCCCAAAUAGGCUUGUCCUGCUGAGCUUUCCCAAAUGGUUAAGGGCCUGUUGCAGUCUGCCACUUUUCUUGCUGAGAAAUUGAAAAUCUCAGUUGCUUACUAUGGUAAAUUCAACAAACUCUGGGUUCCUUAGAGCUUUGUGGAUAAAAUUACUUGGACUCAGAUUCAACGUCUAUAGCUAUCAGGGCUGAGCUGUAGGCAGUGUUGAGCCUGGAGUUGCACCAAGGAUUUGAAGUAGAGAAGCCAGCAGUCUGGUGUUAAGGACAACCAAAGGAUACAGGAGCAUUCUAAAUCUCAGAAAGACUGUGUUGCUUAUUCUUAACUGGAACAAGAAGCCUUCUUAUUCUUAUUCCUGUCCAGGAAGAUCCAUGGGUGAGCAGGGUCAGUUCAGGGCCUUGGCUGCUUAGGCAGAUAUUAUAGCUGGUAGUUUGUGGCUCACCAUAUGGGCCAGUCACAUAUGGAUUAAAGUCUGAGCUACAGUAGUCUUCCAUAAUUUGAGGCAUCCAGAAACUUGGGAGUUCUUUGGAUUAAUUUAGAUUUUUGAGACCUAAGAAUGUGGACAGGGUGCUGGAUUCAGUCCAUGCCAGUGCAUUGCCUGUUCAAUCCAUAUGCAUCAAAGUUAGUGAUGAUUGGAGUCAGUGAGGUCUGUAUUUUCAAAGUUGUGGAAGCUUCCUUCAGGGAAGGUUCAGUUACAUCCUCUUCAAAAGAAGCAGUAGCAAGGCCUCGACUGAAAAAGGCUUCUCUAGAUACCCUGGAGUUGUGGAUUUAAAGCAGGCAUAGGCAAACACUGCCCUCCAGAUGUUUUGGGACUACAAUUCCCAUCAUCCCUGACCACUCGUCCUGUUAGCUAGGGAUCAUGGGAGUUGUAGUCCCAAAACAUCUGGAAGGCUGAGUUUGCCUACGCCUGAUUUAAAGUCUAACUUCCCAUUCCUACAAAAAACAGAGCAGAAAAGGGCAGGCCAGCUCUAUGGAUGAACUGAAAUAGGUUGUGAUAUCGUUUGAGAUGGAGGCUUCCUGUGUUUUCAUUAUUGAUGCCCCGUGCUGAGAGGGGGAUUCUGAUCCAGACUGGUAUCCUUCUGGACCUAAUAAGUGAGUUAGGAGUAGGAAUGGGCUGUGUUAGCUGUACCAUUACUCAUGCAUUACUGGGAGGCUUCAGAAGGUGGUGUUGGGAGACUACUGCUGUUCUCUGUGUUUGUCUUGUCUCUCCUGCUUUUGAGUUUCUACAUGACCCUUCUAUGUGUAUCUGGCAUAUGAGUAGAGGGUACCAUUGAUGGAUCCCCACAGAACCCCAUGAAAAAGAGAAGUAAUCUUCUGGCACCCCCCACCCCAGUAAUGUUGUAGGUGGGCUGUGCCUAUGGCAUGGAAUAUCAUGGUUAUGACACUUUGAGAAUUUCAAAUGACGUUUGGGGAUGGAAACAGCGUUUCUGCUACUACCAGCCUGUAGUUCUGGUUCUUUUACUGCUCCAGGAGGCAUUAAGUGCUUGUAUGCUUUGAAAGGCUUUCAGAGCUGUCGCUGUGCUGAAACGUCUUAUCUGCUGAUUGAUGACAUUGUCCAGUUGCUAGUCAUGACGAAUACGGUCCUGACUGUAAUUGGGUGACAGUUGAUCUAGCUCUGGACAUCUAAAAUGCCACAGGUAGUUAUGAAACACAUCUGCGUGUAGCUCAUGUGAAAAUGCAAGACAUCUGUAAACAUGUCAUUCAUAGAAAAUGGGAGGAAGCAAGACCUGUCAUCAUCCAUGCUUUUUGACCACAUGUAAAAUCAAGCCUUAUCCUAUAAUUAUCAUGAGGUUAAGUAUUGAUCAGGCAGUCACUGCUGUAUAAAACAGAUAAAAGCUUUACGUAUUUUCUUUUAUUAAAAUUGCUUUUAAUAUAGCGGCAGUAACCAGUGUUCUAGCUCUGAGGAGAGCAUUGGCCUUGGCCUGAGGAUAACUGGUUGGCCAUGGAGCUCACUGAAUGCCUUUGGGCUACUGUCACUCAGGCUUGUUUUCCUCUCAGGUUUGUUGUGAGGAUAAAAUGGAUGGGAAUUCCCUGUGGUCCUUGGAAGCAGGAUAGCAUAAAAUGUAAGGUAUAAAUAAUACACUAAUCCUGGGGGAGAAAUGUCAUAGUUGCAAGUACCAAUAGGGUAGUUGUAAGGCAUUCAUGUCUCCAAUGAAAAGUCCAGGGGUGUCUAAUUGGGGUCUGCAUUAUGCAGAGUUAUACUAAAAGCAGGUAGAGUUAUAGUCAAACUUACUUUUUAAAAAUGUAGCCCCUUUCCACUAUUUUUGGUAAGCUCCAGUUUCAUUGCACAACAAUAUUUUUAAGCAUAAGUUGAGAGUCACUGCCAAUUAAGGCAGUGGGAAUAAUUGCUGCUGGGACCUCUCCAGGCCAUUUAUUUGAGAGUGGGGCUGCUUAUUGCAUUUCUUUGCCAACAUAAUGCAGAAUUUUAGGAGUCAUUUAUGGUAGCCAAACCUUUCCGUAUUAGCAAUACAUAUUUCUUCAUUUCUUUUCCAGCAGAUAACAGAUGCGGGUAAAAGAUCCAUCAAGGGCUAUCCCUGUCAAAACCAAGACACACACAAAGUCAAAUCAGCAUCAAGAUGAUGAUUCUUCAGAUGAUAUCACAGGUAAAAAAAAGCCAUCUAAUGGUCUGAAUCAAUUGACACAAUCAUGUGGGUAGUAAUAAUUUGUAUUUAAUGUAUCGGCUGGUUCCUGACUCUGAUGAAUAGAAAAUGUGGAGACCCCACCAUGUAUCAAGAAGGGCUUUUAGCACACCUCCACUCCAGUAACCCAUACUAAUGCUAAAAGCCUGAUCUUGAUAGUGCUUGCAUGCAACUGUUUUGCCACAGACAAGGAGGCAAUAUUGCCUGUGAUUUUAGGUAGUUGUUGAGCAACUACUAAAUGUGAGUGGUUGGAGUGACUCAGCCCAUGGUCAUCAAGGAAAGGAAAGCAUUGUCCAUAUUGUUUCUAUUACUAUUAACUCAUCCUUCACCCUAAGGUUCCAAGGUGGGUUUCAACAAUUUAAAAUACAGUUUAAAAACUUACUGUAAAAAUACAGUCCAUGGGAACUGCUGGUUCCUAGUUUAAUUAGCAGACUUCCAACAGUUGCUUUCAGUUGAAAUAUCUAUGGCUUGAUGAUUUAUGAAAUGAUAUUAUCCUUGGAGUACUCUUAUUUCAGGAAUUUAUAUGUUUGUAGAACUGCAUCUUUUUAUGGUGGAAUGAGAAGGGAAGUAAGAAUAGCAGUGACGACACUACUGAAAAGCUUGGAGGAGAGGAGGAGGAAAGGACAGACCGAAUAGGUUUAUCUGAUUUGCACAAUGGAGGGGAAAGUGCAUAAAUCUUGUUGGUUCAUGCAACGGCUGAAAUUUCAUACACGACCACUAUUACUGCUAAUUGUUAUUUAAUUUAUUAGUCACUUGACAUAUAAAAAGUCUCCAAGUGAUUCACAAAACUUAAAAGCGUGAAGCAUGGCAUAACAUAAAAAAGAGCAAAGCCUCACAGUAACCUAUGAAGCAAACCCAAUAAAACAGCAGUAAAAACAUGUCAUCAAUACAUAGCAAAAUGAUACUAUGAAGGGGAUGGGGUGUGCAUUUAUAGUCUUUGAGAAGCCAUUAAUGGCAGUCUCACCGUUACGUGAUUUCAUCCCCUUCCAAAUUUACAAAUAUGUUUUCUUGCCAAAGAUCUGUUACAACAAUAAAACAUAUGCCUUAAACAUGUUCAUCUUUUUUUUUUUUUACUACUUCCAUAGGUCUGACAUGCCAGCAUGUAAGCCAGGCAGUGGAUGUGCAUAAUGUGAAGAGAGCAGUAGCUCAAAAUGUCUGGUCAAUAUGUUCAGAGUGCUUAAAAGAAAGAAGAAUAUGUGAUGGUGAGCCAGUAAUGCCUUCUGACAUAUGGCUGUGCCUCAAAUGUGGUACUCAGGUAAAUAAAUAUGUGACUUUAAAGAUACGUAAUAUGUAUAGUUUCUAACCUGCCCCCUAGCCCAUAACAAGGUAUAUAACACAGCUCAUCGACUUAGUAGAGUUCCACUAAAGUACCAAUAGAAAUCAGUCUAGGACUAAGAGUUUGGAGUUCUGUUCAUUUGUGGCAUCUGGACAAUAACACUUUAGUUCUUGCUUAGGUAUGCCUAGCAGCUUGUUAUUCCUUAGGUCUUUUUGUCUGGAUGUUUUGAAGAAAAGCCAGAAUUAGAGCAGUGCAUAUGUUUUGAAACAAUGAAAUUGUUUGGCCAUUUUGUGUCUAUUAUAACCCAAUGCCUAGAUAAAGAGUAACAUUUUUGGAACAAUUACUCUUUAUCUAGGCAUUGGAUUGUUUAGAAGCUGUUUUUGUCAGGGGUCUUUAAAAUUUCAUACAAGCUACAACAGGUCAGCCCAGGAACGGAAACUUGACAAGAAGAAAAUUUGCUGAUUUUACUAAAGAACAUAGUAGUUAUGAUAACUUUAGUUUAACAUUUUUAUUAAUGAAUUCAGGGCUGCAGUCAAAACUCAGAAGGCCAGCAUUCACUUAAGCAUUUCCAGAAUGCACUAGGCGAGCCUCAUUGCAUUGUAAUCAACCUCAGCACAUGGAUCGUAUGGUAAGUAAACUUGUGUUUUGAGAGGGGAAGCUGUGUGUGUUUGUGAGGGAAGACAUACACUUGUACACCCCGUAAUAUACAGGUAUGCAUACAUACAAUGAUUCAUUCCUUUUGUACAUGAAAUUCUUCUUGGAGUUUCACUAACAUUUUUUUGAUUUAGUUAUUCAACAAGAAAAUAUAAGCUGGUUAAAGAAAGACCUUUGUUUUAUUGCGAAUGAUAAUUCUAGUAUGUCAAACUAAUAACUUAUUAGAAUGUGAAGUUUGUUAAUGUGGACUCUGAAAUGUAGCUUCUGCUCCCCAGAGGUUAUAGAUAUAUAAAAUAUAUUAUAUAUAUAUAUAAUUCUGCUCGUAUGGGUCAUCUGCUUUAUUACAGUUUUUUACCACCCUACGGUGAAACAACAACAACAACAACAACAACAACAACAAUUUUACCGGCUACUCCUGCAGGUCCAGUGUUGUGAUUCUGUGAUGCCGAAAGGGUUUUGUGACCCGAAGACCCACCAAAUGUGUCACUUUUUAAAAGGGAAAUUGCCCCACCCACUUUUCACAUUGGACCUCCCAGAGGUCAACCCCUGAAAAAGGUUACCCCUGCUGUUAAUAGGUGUCAAUAGGAUCAGACACAGAGGUUCCAGUAGUAGUUUGAGAAGAUAAUUACUCCAUAUGUAAUGGCUAUGGGAUCCAGCCCUCACUCUACCACCUGGUGGUGGUUGAGGUGGUGGAAUUGUGGAAGGACAAAGUCUCUUUCAUGUUCCCCUCUCUCAUACAUGGCUUUUUUUCUUUUUUCUUUUUUCUUUUAAGCAGUCAGAUUCACAGUAGCAAAGUGAUCUACACUGCUUAUACCUAAGAGGGACUUUCCUUUUCAGGGAUAGAUCACAGUUCAUCUGCAGAAGUUCUGUUGUCAGUAAUGUUGCUUCGGACAUCCCUUGUGACCGAGGGCCAAACUAAAUAUCAUAUGUUUGGGAGCAGGGGUGUUUUAACCCUUUCUGUCUGUGCCUUCCUUGUGAUCGGAGAGAGGACUGUUGACAUCCCCAUCCAGGCACUGUAGUAUGCUCACCCUAGCAUUGUGGCUACACAGUCUCUUUUUGCCGCCGCUGCCACCAAAAUCUAGGUGGUGCUGGUGGUGGGGAAUUUGCUUGGUUCAAGUCCCAACAUGAAUAUGUUGUUUAUAGUAGUUGUAACAUGCAGUCUGUAUAUAGACAUUACCUGAAAUAAGGAAUCACAAUGUUUUAUGACUUCAUAUAAAGUCAUAAGAAUUUAAGAUUUGCCUGGAGAAUCGUUAUGACAACAUUUUAAAUCCUUAUUCUAGGUGUUAUGAAUGUAAUGAAGAGCUAUCAACACACUGUAACAAGAAGGCUUUGGCGCAGAUAGUCGACUUCCUCCAAAGACAUGUUACUAGAAAUGAAUCAAGUAAGUAUGCGUUAAUAAAAGUUAUAUGGGGCUAAAGUCGAUAUCAUGCCUCUUUUUAUUUUUGAGAAAUUAAACAUGAGGCUUACAGAUCCAGCAGGUCCUUUAAGAGUCCCGUGUGGCCCACAACAUUACAGUCAUGCACCAAACAAAUGACUGAAUUAUCUUUAGUGCUAAUAAGUAAUGCCCCUAAAUUAGUAGGGAAUCUUAAGAGACCAUCUUGGCGGUGAUUCCUGGAAGACCUGCUCCCUGCCUUGCAGGCCUUUUCCCACCUAGCCUGGGAGGGUGGGGCCCUGGCUGACUCCAGCUACAAAAACUGUGGCUGCUGAACAGACUCUUGGGCUAGGGAAUUGCUCAGGGAAGAUUUGUUGGGGGGGACGACACAAUUGCUGUUACCGAUAUUACUUUUUUGUAUCUUUAUCUGAGAUCUUAAUAUGAUUUAUGUGGAAAUUCUUCAAUUUUGUACUUUUUGAUGUUUUAUUUAUUGUUUACGAUUACUUUUGUUGUGUUUUUGAUUGUGUAUUUUUUUUACAUGUUGUCAGCUACCUUGAGCAUAGUUUUAACUAUGGAAAGGCAGCAUACAAAUAAAAUUAUGUAUGUAUGUAUGUAUGUAUGUAUGUGAGAGGGUUAUCUCGACAACUCUACAGAGCACCUCAGUAGUUCACUUGCAAAAGAGCGGUGCCAGGCUUUCUAGCCAUCUGUCUAGAAAACCCUGACAUCUAGUUGUAUUGAGGUUUGAGAGGUUAUUCUGUAAUGAAGGAAGAGGUACAGGAUAUACAUAAUUAAGUUACGUGCCGAAGUAACUUACUAAGUUAUGUGCCUAAGUGACUUCUAUUCCUAAGUUAUUAAGUAACUUAUGAAAGGAACGCGGGUGGCGCUGUGGGUUAAACCACAGAGCCUAGGGCUUGCCGAUCAGAAGGUCGGCGGUUCGAAUCCCCGUGACGGGGUGAGCUCCCGUUGUUCAGUCCCUGCUCCUGCCAACCUAGCAGUUCAAAAGCACCUCAAAGUGCUUCCGGCGGGAAGGUAAACGGCAUUUCCGUGCGCUGCUCUACUUCGCCAGAAGCGGCUUAGUCAUGCUGGGCACAUGACCCGGAAGCUGUCUGCGGACAAACGCCGGCUCCCUCGGCCUAUAGAGUGAGAUGAACGCGCAACCCAAGAUUCGACCACGACUGGACCUAAUGGUCAGGGGUCCCUUUACCUUUACCUAACUUACUAUAGCUUUUAAGCAGAAUGCAUACUUUUUUUUGGCUGUUGCGUUUGUAUUGCAACAGGUUUCAUCUUACAAGAGGUGUUUCAUUACAUCUUAGAAGAGCCUUGUACUAGGAAUAUAAAGGAUGAUAACAAAAGGCCCAUGAAAAUAGCCUUUUUCCCCUUAGGAAGAAAAAUUGCUGUAUUUGUGGUUCAAACAGCACCGGUUCUUUUAUAAACAUAUAAACUAUAUUAUGGUGUGUUGAAAAAUAACUUUGCCACCUUUAUUACAUGGAAAUCUUUCUAAAUACCAUGUGCCCAACAAGAAUACAAGAACUUGGGCAUGGCAACUUUGUCCUGUUUCAGUUUAAUUGAGAAUUCAUUUGAAGGAAAGGCAAAGAUGUUGCGGUGGGGGUGUUGAGAACACAGAUAUCCUGUUGGGUACAUUUUGAGGAAUGAUAAAAGCAAAAUGCUUGUGAUUAGUGUGGAUGUGAAGGACUAGAGUGGCAGCAGGACCCUGUCUUUCCACUUGGCAGUUCGUAAAGAUUAAACUUUAGCUGCAGAAAUGUGCAAAUUACAUUACUUCUACAUGACUGGCCCAGGGAAUUACAUUAAGCAGUUGAGAUAAACCCAAGUGUGGGGUUUCCCAAAAGAAUGCUUGCAGCUGUGUGGAUUUCAACUAUGAUCUAGUGCUUUACCAUAUCCAACAAUAUGUUGUUUUCUUUGCUUUCUCCAUCCUCCAAUUCCCUGCCCUGGCUUUUAAAAAGUAAUCUGUUUGGUUAAAAGGGCAUGUUUGGCACAACAUGGAAGAAUAAAGCAAGGGCUUUGUAAGGAGUAACCACUCAGCAGAACCUAGUUUUGUGGAAAAGGUUAGCAGGCCAUUAUGUUUUAUUUGCCAGUAAAGCAGGUGCAUUAUUGUUGUGAUGGCACACUUGUGAGUUUCACAUGAACCCAGUGCACAUGUAACACACAGGAACCAUGCUGAGCUGCUACAGUUUGAAUGCCAGUCUUUUCUAGGAAUGGGGGAAAUUAGAAACAAGGGUGUGCUUGAUCACUGGAAACAAAGCUUACGCAGAUUAUUUUCUCUGCAUCUUUUCUUUCAGUUCAUGGGAGCAGGAAAACCAUUUUUAUUUAUGUCGUACUUGCCUUUGUUGCUUGUGGCAGAGUUUCUGCAAAAUUUGCAGUGCAGCUUUAUGUUUUGAGAUUCGUAACAUUGACACUGAGUGUUAAUUGCUGUUUAAAAAUGUGCUAGUUUUUUCACUAAUAUAUUGAAUAUUUCUAUUACAGUGGUGCCUCGCAAGACGAAAUUAAUCCGUUCCGCAAGAGUCUUCGUCUAGCGGUUUUUUCGUCUUGCGAAGCAAGCCCAUUGACGGAUUAGCGCUAUUAGCGCUAUCAGCUGUUUAGCGGCUAUUAAAGGCUUAAAGGCUUAGGGGAUUAGCUGCUAAAAGGCUAUUAAAGGCUAUUAAAGGCUUAGCAGAUUAGAUAAAUGGGGGGAAAAGCGAAAAAAAAAUCUCAAGAGUCGCAAGGUAUUUUCGUCUUGCGAAGCAAGCCCAUAGGGGAAUUCGUCCUGCGAAGCAACUUCAAAACGGAAAACCCUUUCGUCUAGCGGUUUUUCCGUCUUGCGAGGCAUUCGUCUUGCGGGGCACCACUGUACUUACUGCAUUUUUAUGUAAACCACUUGAAGAUUUUUCUAAGUGGUGUACAAUUUUUAUAAAUAGCAUUUUUGCAAACUAUGUGUAAUUAAACUUUGUAGGUUUAUAUUACCUCUGUAUGUAGAUUUAUAUAAGCUCUUGACUUUUUUGGGCAGUGUAUCUCAAUAGAAGUAGAUAAUGCUAAUAAAUAGGUCUGACUAGUGGUUGUUAUUUUUUGUAGUCAGGCGUUCAAAGACACAUAGGAUAUCCAGCUUAUUUAUUACUUUCUCUGUUGGGGUGAGAAAUAGAAGGAAGGGGAACACUAAGUCUAAAACAUUCUAGGAAGAGUUCUGUUCAGGUUAUAUCUAAUCAGGCAGUUGAAGAAACUGAUGGGAAAUAGUUAUAAUAGCUAUCUAUUUUUUUGCUUAACUGAUCCAGAAACAUGUUACUGUUCCAAACAUCUCCCUUGAGAAUGGAUCCGAUCAUAUUCUGCAGAAGGAGAACACUAUAAAAUAUUGAUGAUGCUAUUGCAAUGCAUUCUGGAGGCUCCUAUUUAUUUUUAUUUUAUUGCGGGUGUAAUUUAAGUCUUUUAAAGGUGUUCUGGGCAAAUAAAUUAUCAUUUCCAUCAUGUUCUGUUUGUGAAUUUGCCAGAGUUGGAAACAGAAUCCUUUUGCAGUCUUCCGGUUGCUCUGUCUGCACAAACAUUGCCGCUUGCCAGAUGGAAAGAUCACUCCCAUGCUGUUUUGAGUAUUUUCUCAAUUCUCCCGGAGCCAAUUUUGGGUGGGUAGGAGGUGUGCAGGCAGGGAGCGGGAGGAAAGCCUUGUUGUGCAAGCGGAAGUCCUUGUGCUGGACUUCCACUGACAGGACUGGUUAGGUGGAUCCUGUGCUUUAUUAGAAUGUGAUGUAUUUGGGUGAGAAUGCAGGUGAGGGUUGAAUGCAGAUUUGAUCAGAGUAAAUCCAUUAAAAUCAGGGGGAUUUAGUCAUGUGGGAUUUCAGCCCCAUGUUCUCUUAGCAAAACAUUUUAAUGAAACCAUAUCAAAUCUCAUUUUUUAUUGUUUGAAUGUGUUACACCACUCCACAGUGAAAAACUCUUGGAUUAGUUUAAAAUGAAGUGCAUGAUUUAAAACAAAACAACUAAUAAACACUAUAAUCCAAGAAGACUUAAUCAAUGGGUUUAAGCACACUUAAUUCAGCUGUGGAUUGUGGCCAAAAUCUAUAAAAAAUCAUGGCAUAACACUACAAUUAAAAAGAGAAGCACAGGCAAGGAAUUAAAAAUAACUCUUCAACUUAAAAUAUAAAGGUUCUGUAUGAUGGAAUGGUUUUCACUUGUCUCCUGAAGACCAAAUAAACCUGCUUUGGGAAGGACACUCUGUAACUGGGAUGCCUCUUGAUCCUUUGGGACCCCACCAGUCAAGUAAGGAGAAUUUUCUUACAGAUGUGCUGACUCAGUUAAAAACUAUUUAAGUUUCAUUGCUUAAUUUGAAAUAGGCAGUACCUCAACAUUGGAGGGUGAAGGCUGUGACUCAAGCCUGGGAUCAUGUAAAAGAACUAGAUGUAGAGAGUUUAUCACUAAGUGCUGCGGAUAAUAUCUCCAUUCUGAUGGGGCUUGUGCUUGCUUCAUGAAAUUAAGCAAUACCCAUUUAUUCUGUCAUUGCCUUAUAAAUAAAUUGCCAUUUUAAUUCUUUGAUGCAGUGGUGUUAUAGUAUAGUAUGGAAAAAAUGGCACAAUAGUCUUAUCAACCAUUUAAGAAUGGAGCAUUCACUUGAUUUUUCUCAUUUAAAUUAGAAAAUCGUAACCUUUUCAUAGUAUUGGGGGGAAAACUGCUGCUUCAGUUUUUCUUAAUUUUCUGUAAUACAAUGGCAAUAUGUUUAUAAUACAGCAUUGUGUGAAUGUACUAAAAGGAAAGAAAACUAUUAACCUUGCUUUUUAUUCCAGAGAAAUAUUCAUUAGAGAAAAGCAUUGACCUUGAAACAUGUUCCCUGAUCUCUCUCACCCCCUUUUUUUUAACUUAAUGGAAAACAACAACAACAACAAAAUCCCCUGAUAAAAGAAAAACAGUGAACAUUUGUUUUCUUUUUACUUUUAUACCAUCUGCCCAUCCUGUUAAAUUAUUGUUUCAGGAAGAAUAUGGGAAACGUGUGUACAAAAGACAGAGUUCUUCUAAGAAAUAUGGUUAAAGCAAAUUGAUGCAGAAGUCCUGCCGGUCUUGGAUGUCUGUGAAGUGAAUACUGUAUGCUGUAAACAUAGUUGCAGUAGAGCUGUAGCUUUUCUAACUAAAAAAAAAUUACAUUGUAAGACUGAAAUGUUUAAAAAGAAUAUAACUUCAUUACAAAGUUUCCUGAGACAGGGUAGAUCACAUGGGAACUUCCUAUGCCUGUGUGGCCUUAACUGAAUGCUGUGCUGGUUAUAACCCUCUCUGAAUGUUAAAGAGGUUUAUAAAAUGGUUUAAGGAACAGAAUUCUUUGGUCAGAUCUGGACCAGCCAGAUUUAAGAAUUCUGUGGAGUUCAAAUUGCCAAUGAACAUGUAAAUACUUCUCAUAUCUAUUAAAAGCAAAAUGUUUCAGGUGAAGAUCAGCUAAGCAAAAGUAUGUAGAUUUCAUUUCUUAGGGCAGUUGAACUAACAGUCAGAUCCUGUUCAUGUUUUCUUCAGUUUAAGUCCCAUUGAACAUCCUCAUACUUCACCUUAAAUGGCAGUGGAAGCCUAUGCAUGUUUACUCAGAAGUAAUUCCCACUGUGUUCAGUGAAUUCAGUUAAGUGUGCUUAGGAUUUCAGUCUGGGUUAUGGAUUGGAUUUUAAGAACUGACAAAACACGUUUUCUUUAUAUUUCCAGUUUCCUGAUAACUGCUAAGCUAAUGUGCUGUUUGGAUGUAUAAUUAUGGCUUCCUGCAUUUUAUAAUUAUAUGGGUAUUCAUGUCUUAGUAACAAAGCUGUCCUGUUCAUAGUCAUUGUUUUUUGUGGUGGGUUUUGUUUUAUUCUCUCCUCCCCCCCCCCCACCGCUGAAUGAUUCACAUUUGAGAUUCAGUAAACAGAACCUUGCUACUUGUGUGAAGCUGUCAUUUAACCAUGAAAUGAAAUGCUUUUAUUGAGUUUGCCCUCCAGAUAUGGUCCUCUGUGGCAGUGCUGUCCAUAUUUGGUGGCUGUACAAGGAGAGCCAGGUGGUGCUGCAAAGCAUAGCACAGUGAAGCGUGGACAGAUCUAGGUUUGACAUUUGUCAUCCUGCACUGCUGAAGGGGAGAGAAAAAUCUGCUUUUCCAUAUGCUUCUGCUCUAAUUUUUGCCUGCAGUUUUGUCCAGAUGGCCUUGUGAGCAUUGUUUACUUUAAGAUGUUGUCCCAGAUGUUGUUGAAUGCCGAUGGAUAAAUGAAACAACUGUGGUAGUCCAAUAUUCAGAUUAUGUACACCAUUUUGACUUUUUUAAAAUAAAAAGUAACCAGUAUGUUUAUGUAUUUUUUUUUUACUUUGGCAAAAAUUCUUUCUACUUUAAUUUACUUUUAAAAGAAAAGAGCCAGUAUAAGGUAGUAAAAAGAUGCUGGGUUUAGACAAACACAUCCAGGGUUCAAAUCUCUGGUUAGUGAUAAAGCUCAGUGGGUUUAUCUUCCAGCCUAACUUUCUUUCACAUAAUUGUUGUGAGGAUAACAUUUGCCAGGGGUGGGGGCGGGGAGCCAUGUGUACUCUGUUGAGCUCUGUUUAGGUGAGAUAUAUUAAUAAACGUAUUGUAUAAGUUUUAUGCCACUGGAGAUUUUAGAGACUUGCAUUGUGAAUGAGGUUUUUAUGGGUGCACCAUUUGGAGAAUGCACCUCUCAGGUUUCUGAUCUUAGAGACACAGCAGGAUCGGCUGCAUCACCAAGUUCCUUAUGGGGAACUUAAUCACACAGCUGAUCCAUGCAGAAAACAGCACACACAGUUGUAGGAAGAGCAGCACAAGUAUGUUUCCACUAAUAUAUUGAAUAUGCAGUUGAUUCAUAUAUCUUUCUCUCUCUCUCUCUCUCUCUCUCUCUCUCACACACACACACACACACACACACACUUAUACAAAGAGAACUAGCUCAGUAAAGCAGCUCCUGAAUCUCCUGGCAUGUCUUGUUUGCUUUUUACUGGCCUCUAUCAGUGAACUUGGGUGUAUUCUAUAUGAACUGCCUCAUUAUGAGCAUCAGGCAGUGGGGGUGGUGUCAAAAAUGAAAUUGCAUCUUUUACAAACCCAGGCAUAAUUUCCAAAAAAAUGUGCUUUGACUGGAAGGCAGGGAAAUCAGUUCAGCCAUCUUAUGUCAGCUAUAAUAGGAAUAUUUAAUCAUAUUUGGUUUCUUUCAUUAUUUAAUUAUAGUCCCUCCCCCACCCUCCCCAACCACCUCUCUAUUUUCCGACAGAGGAUGUAAGUAUCUAAGGGUAAUGCAUAGAGAAAUAUUUCAGUAUGAGAGUUCUAUUAAUGUAAAUAGGUCUGUUUAGUUAUUUCUCAAGAACACUUAAUGAGUCCUCAGUAUGUAACUCAUUAGGGCAAAUAUAUGAAUUCAUAUGUCAAAAUGUAGAUUGCAGCACUGCAGCUCUUGGCAUCCAUUAAGUCCAUAACUUGUUCACAUUGACAUGCAUUGUUAAUCAAUACUUGAAAUGCUGCAGAUGUCAGUAAUGUUCAUAUUUAGUACAGCAGCCAUGACAGUAUGAAAGUUGCUAGUAGAAAUCUAGGCUAAAUACUGUGUCUCAAGUAUUCUUAUUACCUCUAGGCUACAAGUUAAUGGCUGUCUAACUUCACUGCCCCAUAUAUAUUUAAGCAAUAAGGCAAAUAGGGAAAUACAAGGACACCGUACUGGUAGCACAUUAUAUUACAGUUUGUUUAAAUAUAUUGGAUUUUAAAGGUUUAAGGCAAAUAGCAAGCAGUCGCUUCAUCUUGUUCUAAAUUAACAAGUCUGUGUCACAUGGUGAACUGUGGUGGGCAGAGAACAGUGCAAGUAUGUUAUAGGGAAAAUAUGAUAUCCAUCCAGUUGUUGAAGAUCUGCUGCAAACUUAUUUGAGCUCUUGCUCUCCUGAUGGGCAGGAUGCUAAGGCUACAAUCCGAUACAUACUUGCCUGGAAGUAAGUCAGAAUUAACUUAAUGGGACUAAUGUCUGAGUGGAAUGUGUUGAAUUGUGCUGCACGAUUCUCAAUUCUGCCACCACAGGAAUAUUUAUGAACUAGACUUUCUAGCAGCUGGCAUAUACUCUGCAUUUUAUAAGUUCCAUGAAAGGCCCUUCAGACAUAGUAUAAUAGUCAACAGAGGCUGUGAGGGGAGUGUUGUGUGAUUCUUGGAUAUAUUAAGGGAAAUAAUGGAAGUUUGUAGACUGUAGACUGUUACUUGCACUUGGUUCCCAUUUAAAUCAAUAGGACUUAAGUCAUGACUAAAAACUGAGAAGAAUGUUCAUCAAGGAUAAUAUGGUGGACUGUAGUGACCUGAUUGUCAAUGAAAUAAAGAAACUUAAAUAUUUUGGUUUGCAUUUUAAAAUAUAUACGUAUGUAUAAAUUGGCUAACAUUGUCUUUUAAUGGUGUAUCUUUGUGCAUUCUGUAUAGUAUGGAUAGGAUGUAUAUUUCUUCAUAUUGAUGGUUGAAAUGACCAUGAUGACCAACAACAUGAUACUAAGUCAUGAAUGUUUGGCUCCACUGAUAACUAACUUUUCAUUUGUCCAACCCAGAAUAUUCAGGAUUAUUUCAGAAAGUAAUGCUGUUCUCUGAACUGUGUAUUUAUGUUUUAAUGUUUAAGGGUUCUCUUACUUUAAGGGGUUGAAAACUGGGGUUAUGCUUGGGUAUAUACAUCAUCCUCCCCACCCCAAAGUCUCAAGUUAGCGUAGCACGCCUUGUGGGAUAAUAGUUUUUCAGCCUCAAAUGCCUUUGCUAAUAGAACAGCAUUGUUGCUGCCCUUUGAAUCAGUGGCCAUAUAUAUAUGAUCUGCUAUCCAUAAUUCUUUGGGCCAUAGAUACCAUGUGUCUUACACAUCUUGAACAUUGGAGUCAUGUACACAGUGCAUGUUACUAUGUACUUGAAAAAAUAUAUGAAGUAUUGCAAGACACAGAAAUUGCCCUACAUGUAUGAGUCUGGUAUAGCUUUUAUAUUUUUAUAGCCUUUUUAAUCAUAUGAUCUGCCAACACCUAUAUACAACCGUCAUUUAGAUAUAUAGUUACAUAUAAGUAUAGCCCUCAUAGCAGAGAACACCUAAAUGUGUGGCUGGUUUGGGAUAAAGGCUGAGAGCCACUUCACACAUGACGGUUUUACCAUUAUAAAUACCUGUUUUAGGCUUGUUCAAGGUGCAUGUGCUAGCCCCGCCAAAUUUUGUUUUUUUCUUUUAACGGAUGAUUCCUUACCCAUACCCUAAGCUGCUUUCAAAAUUGAUAUCUAUCUAUCUAUCUAUCUAUCUAUCUAUCUAUCACAUUGCUCCAGCAAAGCCCAGUAGGUGUACCACAAAAUAUAACAGCAAAAUUACAUCAAAGAUUAAAACACAGUUAAGGUGUAUCUCUAAUCUGGUCCUUUGGGGAAAAUCUUAGACUUCUGUUUAAGAAAAGGGAGUCAGAAAUUCCCUUAAACAUGUAGUUCAUAGAAGCAUGAGUUGGAAGGGAACCCAAGGGACAUAUAGUCAACUCUCUGCAAUGCUCAGAUAUUGAAAGUUCAGAUAUUGCCUGUAGUUUGAACAUUUUGCUUACACACUUUUAUGAGUUUGAGGACAGCUAAUAUGACAGGACAAUAAGAUUCUGACUAGCAAACCUUCCUAUGUCAAGAGUACAAACAUGGUAUUCAGCACAUGUGAUAGCUGAUCCCAAACUCAAAAAAAGUGUGUUCAUUUACCUUAAGGAACUUGGUGUUAUUCUAAUUAGGUUGUACUGAUCAAGCAUCUGUGGAUAAGUCUUCACUGCUUUGUCUUUUAUAUCAGUUUCAUAAGCACACAGUGACUUUCUACCCAUAGUUGUUACUGCUAUUUCUUUUCUAUUAAAGGUUCAUCAUCAAAAAUUAUAUGGUUACAUGGAGAAAACAAUGAAGCAAGUGACAUAUUAAAGGGCAAAGGCAUCAGCUCUAGUUGGGCAUCAGUUCCGGUUAAAGGCAUUAAUAACCUAGGGAACACAUGCUUCUUUAAUGCUGUCAUGCAGGUAAGAAUUAAGAUGCACCACCGUAUUCUGAAGUACACCUAUGUAUUUCAUUAAGGCUGCAGGUUGCACUUAUUUUUGUCUUGGGUUCUGAAAUAUGCUGAUAAAAAUCUAGCAAUGAAUUUCCCUGUUAGCCUUCUUCUGCUGCACUGGCUACCUAGGACAGCUCCAUCCUGUUUUCUGAACUUUCACCUGAUGCUAGGCUACAUUUUCAAUUAUUUUAUAUUACUUAGCAAUAUAUCAGUACCUUUAUUCUUGUAGUAGCUGCAUUUCAAGGGGUAGUGGGAGAUAAGGAGAAGUGCAAGGACCAGCUUUAAUUAAACUGUAGCACAAAGGUGAUCUACUAUUGCUGGAGUUGUGCUGCUCUUUUUUUAUUAUUUUAAAAAAGUCAAAAUAAAUGAGCUCCUAAAUGGAACAGAGGAAGAAUAAGGAGAAACAUUGAUCUAAAGAUGUCAUCUAGCUGAUCUAUUUGUUGAGUGAAAAAACUAUGAUAAUUUUGAACUGAGCAGCUAGUGUAGAAGCAGUUUUGUUGCUGCUAACUGUGUGACCAGUUAGAAUUUGAAGUAUGUAUUUUUAAAAUGGCAGUUUGCAGAAUUUGAAACUUGAGGGAAUUUCGAAAGCAGUUUUUGAUGUGGCAUAGGCAGCUGCACAUUAAAGAAAUGGUCAGAAGCCUCGCUGGACAUAUGUUCUGAAGGAGCUCUUUGGACUGUGAUUAUACUACUGCCAUUAAGGAGAAUUAUGCUUGCCACAGUAUAAAUUCACUUUCAAUAAUAAUUUGUUAGAGUAGUCCAGUUAACAAUUAAAUGUCAUCUAUAACCUUUUCCUUCCUUUUUUCUUUAGAACAUGGCACAGACACACUUGUUAAAUGAACUAAUGUGUGAAGUUAAAGAAAAGGGGACAAAGCUUAAAAUUGGUCAGAGUCCUGCAUCUCAACUGGUAAGCAUUUAGUGAGAAAUGCUUUGUGUGAAAUAUUCAGAGGACCCUCCUUUGGGAAUGGCAUUGACUGGACAUUGAAAAAUGAUAGUGGUGAAUAUAUUCUUGACCAAUUUAAUAUUUAUUCAGUGAUCACGAUAUCUGCCUCUACUUUAGUUUUUAGACAUAUUCUUCUAUAAAAUUAGUGACUGGGGUGAUGUUCUGCUAAAUUAAAAGAGAAGUGUGACUUGAGUUUUGCUUUCCAGCUUCCUGUAGUCGUCUGGUCACUGUUGGAACAGGAUGUGAGACUAGAUGGACCUUGAGAUUCAGCAGUGUUCUUAUUUCUUAAAGCAGAGGUUUUCAACCUUUUUGAGUCCAAGGCUCCCUUGACCAACUACAUUCUUAAUGUGGAGCCCCUGUGGGGCUCAAGAGCCCAGUUAUGUCACCCCUUGUAUGCAUAGCUGGCAGCCUCUCACCUUUUUCAAACCUCCUCUCCUCUCCCCACUCCUCUGCCACCCUGCUCUCUGAGCUGCCCUCCCCCCCCGUCCCAAAGAGAGAUGCCUCCUCACACUGCCCCACAGUGGCCUGGGAAGAGGAUGUCUCCAGCCUCAGUGGUCCAAUGGAGGCUAGCCAAAGGUGAAGAAUGUGAGGCCAGCACCUUACCUUGGGUGGCAGCAGCGGGUGCUGCCGGGUGUAAAGGCUCCACUUCAGCACUGGGCACUCAGCUCCCAGGCAGGCUUUGCACACAGCAAGCACAAGAAAGUGCGGUUCCUGCUUGCCUGCCUGACCUCCCACUUGUCCAUUCCCUACAGCAAGGGCCGACUGACUGGGCUCCUGCUUGCAGCUCCUGGCAACCAGCACCCCCUGGCCAGCACCAGAGGCGCCAUUCACCUGGGGAACUUGUAGCCAGGACUGCUGCAACAAACAGCUGUGCAAGCCUUUAGGAGGCAGAGACGCAAGAGGGCAUCAAAAGGAAAGAGGGACAGAGGCCAGUGUUGCCUGCGGCACCCCUGACCAUCCUUCAGGGCACCCCAGGGUGCCACGGCACACUGGUUGAAAACCACUGUUUUAAGGAGAAACUGAUGUCCAAUUUUGUCUCCAAAUAACAUUUCAACCCACAUAUGUCUUUUUCAUGCUCAGCUCUAAAACAAAAUUAAAAAUCACACUUGACUUAAAAAAAAUAUUAUCCUUGUAAAAUGUGUUUUAGUCUAUAUAUUGCACUUCCUUAUGUUGAUAAAUGGCAAGGCAUGUUAAAUCUUGCUUUGUUCUUUGUUUGCUUGUUCAAAAUGCUCACCAAGUAGACUGUCCUCAAACAAAAUGCUAUAUUUUAAAUAUUGUUGUUUAGUCGUUUAGUCGUGUCCGACUCUUCGUGACCCCAUGGACCAGAGCACACCAGGCACUUCUGUCUUCCACUGCCUCCCGCAGUUUGGUCAGACUCAUGUUGGUAACUUCGAAGACACUAUCCAACCAUCUCGUCCUCUGUCGUCCCCUUCUCCUUGUGCCCUCCAUCUUUCCCAACAUCAGGGUCUUUUCCAGGGAGUCUUCUCUUCUCAUGAGGUGGCCAAAGUAUUGGAGCCUCAGCUUCACAAUCUGUCCUUCCAGUGAGCACUCAGGGCUAAUUUCCUUAAGAAUGGAUACGUUUGAUCUUCUUGCAGUCCAUGGGACUCUCAAGAAUCUCCUCCAGCACCAUAAUUCAAAAGCAUCAAUUCUUCGGCAAUCAGCCUUCUUUAUGGUCCAGCUUUCACUUCCAUACAUCACUACUGGGAAAACCAUAGCUUUUACUAUACGGACCUUUGUUGGCAAGGUGAUAUCUCUACUUUUUAAAAUGCUGUCUAGGUUUGUCAUUGCUUUCCUCUCAAGAAGCAGGUGUCUCUUAAUUUCGUGGCUGCCGUCACCAUCUGCAGUGAUCAUGGAGCCCAAGAAAGUAAAAUCUCUCACUGCCUCCAUUUCUUCCCCUUCUAUUUGCCAGGAGGUGAUGGGACCAGUGGCCAUGAUCUUCUUUUUUUGAUGUUGAGCUUCAGACCAUAUUUUGCGCUCUCCUCUUUCACCCUCAAUAAAAGGUUUUCUAAUUCCUCCUCACUUUCUGCCAUCAAGGUUGUGUCAUCUGCAUACCUGAGGUUGUUGAUAUUUCUUCCAGCAAUCUUAAUUAAUUAAUUUAAAUCUUAAAUUAAUUAAUUAAUUUAAAUUAAUUUUAAAUAUAGGAUUAUACAAAUUGUUUUUCUUUACACAUGAAGUGCCAACCUUGAGAGUUUUAGGGUUCCCACCUUUUCCUAAAUUUAAUUAGCUGUUUCAUCAACUGUUUAGUUUACAUUUAUAAAUUAAGAGGAAAUACUGUGAAUUAACAUCUGAUAUUUAUUUUGAUCCUAAAGGAACCUUUGGUCGUGAACCUUUCAAGUCCUGGGCCACUGACUUCAGCUAUGUUCCUGUUCCUUCACAGCAUGAAAGAAACUGGAAAAGGGCCUCUUUCUCCCAAAGUUCUUUUCAGCCAGCUCUGUCAAAAGUAAGAGCAACUUCACGUUGGUAGCAUGUUUCACAUGCAUGGCACUCACACGUUAAAUUUGAAAUACUUUGCCUAACAUAAUCCUUUUUCUUUAGAUCAGUAGAAAUUUAUUAUGGCGUAUCAUGUUUGAAAUAAAACGGCAAUGAUUUUUAUAUGAGUUUUUCCCUCUUAACUGUUAGGUUAUUGAGGAAAAAAGAAAGAAAUUGAUGAUUCUUUCUAUAGCAACUGUUCUGCGUCUGGUACUAAUUCAUCCACUGUUAAUUUUGUUAGUGUUGCAGCUGUCAGACGUUUUGCUAAGACAGAUUGUGUGCAUAGCUACAGGGCCCUUCUGUUUGUUUUCCACUAUUCUGAAUAUUAGGGAUGCAGACUUUUGACUUAUCUAGAGACUUAGUGGCUCACACAACAUUUAUGUACUAAGAGGACAUAAAUAAUUCUUUUAUUUGUUACGGCUGGGUAAUUUUAUCAGUGGAAGAAAUUGUGAAGCCAGGUAUUAUGGCAGUACUCCUUGCUAUUGAGUAGAUUUUCAGCUGAAUUGGAAGGUGGAGCUUUGUUUCUGCUUGGUGUGCUCAAAAAAAUGCAGUUAGUGGCGUUUUUAAAAAACCCAAACUUGUGCUUUAGCAUUGCUGGGUAACGUUUUCUUUAUUAGCAAUAAUGUAGCAAUAAUUAUGGUGUCUUGUAAUUUGGAGCUUAGAAAAGCCAGUAGUUUGUAAGAAAAAGAGAAGGUCACAUAGUGGGCAAAAGAGGAACUUGUCUCAUCUUGGUUCUUUUUCUGGAUAACCACAGAUGGCUCAGAUUGAAAAACACCACCACUUAGUAUAUGUGUCACUUCUUUUUGCUGUAGAUAGUUUUUAAGGCAUCAGCUACACAAUCCUAUACAUCUGUAAAUCAUAUAUACAAUUUUCAGCCUCAAGGCCAUGCUCCUUCACAAAGAACCUUCUAUGGACUGCAUUCUAGUGGUGGGUGGUUCCACAGGUCAAGUGGGUAGAACAAUGUAUGUGGGCAGAGCACUCAGGAAAGGCAUGGGAACAGGGCCAGAGAGAGGUGUGGCUUAGGGAGAGCACUGAGAAGUAAAUCGAGAUCUGAAGAGUUUCAUUUAGCUCUUGGGCCUGAGACUCUCCACUAUGUUUACUUGGAAAUAGGUGCCACUGUUUUAAAUGGCGCUUACUUCCUAGUUACAUACAUUUAGGAUUGCAGCCUUAAAUCUGUGGCUUAAGAUCUGUGAAGCAAGCUCUGCUGAAUUCAAUGAGACUUUUGAGCAAACAUUCUGGAAUUCCACCGUUAGAUGCACCUUUUAUAAAACUGUUAUUUUGCUGGACAGAGGGCCUUGACAGAAACCAAGGGAAGUGUCCAAGGAUGAAGUGGGGCCAAUGGGUACCAUUUUCUGGUAUCCAGAGCUAAAUAAAUGAAUGGGAGGCAUUUCUCCCCUGCCCCCUCCUUCUCCAUUAAUUUUAAAUUUACAAUUAAUAGGAACAGGAUAAUUUCCUAUUUUUAGAAUUCUGUUAUCCUGCCUCUCUACAAUUAUGUAGGGUGAGGUGCUGUUAGUAUACAACUACUUUUAAGUUUCUAAAAUAUCUACACUUUUAAAAAGAAAAUUCUUAAGCAUGUUUUAAUGUUUGUAGUUAAACUACUCUUUCAAUCCAAGAAGGCUAUCAAAGAUUCAAAGGAGUUUCAAAAUCUAUCCUACCCUAUGUAAAUGUUUCUUCAUUGUCAUUACCUAACACACCAUUUGUUUUUCUUCCCAUAAAUUUGGAAUAGGAAACUUUUGACCCGUGGGUCUGAUUAGGUUUGCCAGGCCUCCCUGUUUGGUCCACAAGGCCACUUCAUCCAAGCCACACUCAUCUUCCCUACACCGUACAUCAUAUAUGACAUCACAUGUGUGGCAGGUAAAAAUCUGGCUCAGGCAAAAGAGAGUUUGCUGGCCCUUCUGAACAGCUGAUUAGUGGUACCUACUGUCCAAUCUUGGGGGUAUGGUGGAUAGUUAUCUCCCUUGGCUCUCCUGGGGCCAAGUUUUAAACUCAGUUACUUAAUAUCACAAUGACAUCAGGUGACUUUUUUGCCCUGCACUUGCACAGCACCUUUCAGACAAGAGUCUUGCUAAGCCCCUUUCAAAGCGCUUUGCAGGCACCACAGAUCAGCUCAUUGGCAGUGCUUGCAAACCCUUUUUUGGCUGAACUGGUCUUCUACCUUCUCCAUGUGGUUGUGGCUUGUCUGAAACAGCCUCAUGGACCACAUGGGGAGACCUGGCAGACCCGAUUAAGUCCAAUGGCCGGAGGCUCCUUGCCCUAUGCAAAGCACUUUGGAAGGGGCUUAUUUUUGGGUCUCACUAAGCCCAUUUCAAAGUGCUGUCUCGCGGAGCACUUUGGAAGGGGCUCUGCAAGUGAGGGUCAAAAAGUAAUCUAAGAUCGUUGUGACUUUAAAUAUUUUUAAAUUCUAAGCUUUUUAAAUUCACUACUAACUCGAACCUGGCAUACUGGUGACAUACUGUAUUUCUUGUGACAUACUGUAUUUCUUGUGAUAAACCUUUGAUAUUGAUAUCACUACAGUAUUAUUGUCCAUAAAAAUAUUUAUCAAAACUUUCCCACCCAUUCUUAAGUUACACCAUUAAGUUUUCAAGCUAUUUGUUUGAUGAAGAAAAACAUUGUUUCUUGUUUUGCAGAUCAGAGUAUUCUGGUUCUUUUUCUGUUUACCUGUUUCUAUGCCUACCAUCAUGAUACUUGGUUGAUGCAGUGAAAUGUUUGUUUAGUUUAUAUCCUGCUCUUCCUCCCUGAAGGAGUCCAGGGUGGCAGUCUUGACAUUUAAUUUUUUCCUUGGAGUUGAUAAUUAACAGUGCAUAUUUUGUUUAAAUGUACUGACAAUCGAAUCAUGAAAGUUUUACCUAAAAUAAAUUCUCCUUCACUUAAAAUGAAUAGAUGCUAUAUCUAAGUACUGGCUAAAUAUUUAGGUGUUAUUCAAAACAGUUCUGUUUUGUACCAUGUUGAGCACUGCGAUGGUAGACUUGAGUUGCCAUGACAUAGCUGUCACAGUUGUCCUUCACUACUUAUGGCCAUUAACAGGAAUUCAACCUGUUCUGUCAUUUAUACUGCUGACACUGUACAACAGGUUGUAGCGCAUUGACACUGGCUUCCAUAUGUUAGCACAUCUGUGAACGGUCAGUUCAACCAACCAUCUUAGAGUCCUCCACUUUUGCCAAGGAUCUUGCUUGGAGCAUAUUUUCAAGGAGACAAGAAUGCACAUCUUUUAGUUGUCAAAUCUGAACAUAUCAAUGCUGAUUAGAGCUUUUCUAUUUCCCCUUUCCUACGCACUCUUCCCCACUCUUCUUUCUUUAGCUUUUUUGACAAAGGUUUCCUGUAGAAAUCUUUCCAUUUCUCACUAAGAAUUUUAGUGCAGUAUUGUAUGUUAAUAGACGUUAAUAUUUAUUGCUCAUAGGCCUUAAGCAACUGGCUUAACCACAAAAUGUCUUAUUUUUAAACUGCUGUACUUUUGUUGUUUUAUAUUGAAAAGUGUGCUGAUUACACCUUUAUAGUAUGUGACCUUGGGCCAGCCUUCAUCUCUCAGCCUGCCCUAGCUUACUUCACAAGUACUUGUUGUGAAUAAAAUGGCCGGGGGGUGGGGUGGGGGGCAGAGUGAAACUGAGGUUUUUUUAGAGAAAAAUGUAAGUAGAUCCAGUAGAAAGUGUGUUGAUGGCUUGUGUCACAAUAAAUGGCAGAGAAGAUUCAGAAAAUGUUCUGCAAGGUGUCCUCUUUUUCAACUGUAGGUGAGAAAAAGGGAAAACUUCAGAAAGAAAUACUUUAUGAGAAAUUUUGGGCUAGCUCUAACAUUUUUCUUCUUGUAUUCACUAACUGGUACAAUUGUAUAAGACCUUGACAGAAAAGGCCUUGGUUGGGCAAAUGACAAAUGAAAUUACUGUAUACAGGACAAGUUGCUGACAUACACUGAAAAUUCUUCUGCUGCUCCUACUGUUCAGAACAUCUCUCCUUAGGCUAAAACAAAAAUUGGAAUCAGUUCUUCUAAUUUUAUUAAAAGGUGGAACAGGCCAAAGCAGGAAAUUCUUUCUUUCCCCAUGACUUCAAGUUUUAUUAAAUAUCACCAUAAGCUGUGUUCUGUCAAUUAUACUCUGGAUUGUAUAUCAAGAGGAGGGGACAGGCGUUGUGCAUGUGUCCCAUUCUACUUCUCUACGCAAAUAAGUAAUGGCUUUGACAUUUACUGGUAUUUACAAACAAGUUUCAGUUUCCCAUGAGAUAGUGCCUUUCAGGGGCAGCUUAGAUAAGAAUGUAUAGUAUUCUGCAGUAAGAAUUACUGUUUGUUUUGAAACUGACCAGACUCUGAAUAUAAUAUUUCAGUUUAAGAAAUCAGUCCACCAAAGUCUGUAGCUGAUCUGUGUUUAGGUCUAAAAUAAAUAAAGAUCAAACUUCUGUAAUGCUUUCUGGCCUCUUCACCUUGAGACAAUACAGUACUUACUUGCCAUGGCUAAUCACUAUUUAUAAGCCUUAUACAUGUAUCUAUCACAUUUGCAUUCUGCAGUCUUGCUUGGACAGACCACAGUUAACAAUUUAUUGUGAAUGCACCUAAGAGGACGCUGUAUAUUUGCUGGGGGGGAGGGGGGAGCAGGCAGUGGGGAAUUUGAUCCCUCCCUUUGUGUUAUGUCUGAACCAGGGAUCAUGGUUUGUUUUAACAAACUAUGAUCAGUACGUCCAGUUUGAUUACCAGGAAAGCCUGGCUUUGCAUGGCUUCUCCCUAGCGCAAGCAGGAAAGAAUGAAAGAGCCCACUCACGUGUGAUUAUUAUAAACCAUCAACUAUAUUUUACUAUUAUGUGUGAACAGGGCCACAGUCUUUUUAUGGAAAGUUAAAUGUUUUUAUAGGAACAAUGCUGGUAAUGGUGAGCUAAAACCUAUUCUUAAUUUUCAUUAAGCACCCGGCACUGUGCACCUAAGACAACUGGUAGUGCGCUGCACUAAUGUGACAAUACUCUGCUGCUCUUUCAGCAAAGAAGCAAGCUACCUGCUCUUCUACAUAUUGUAGGACUUUUAAGAUUAGCCUUCAUAUACUUUAUAAUAGUUGCUGUAUAACCCUCAAUAUACCAAAACUCAAGUACCUUUAAAUAUUUUUUACUGGUGACCCCAGUCAAACUCGCAAAAAUUUACCACCUGUCUGAUAACAAGUGCUGGAAAUGCAAAGAGUGUGAAGGAACGUUCUUUCACCUCUGGUGGACAUGCCCUAAAGUGAAGGCGUUCUGGGAAAUGAUUUAUAAUGAAUUGAAAAAGGUAUUUAAAUAUACUUUCACUAAGAAACCAGAGGCUUUCCUUUUGGGUAUUGUCAGCCAAGGGGUGGCAAAGAAGGACCAGACAUUUUUUAUGUAUGCAACAACAGCAGCAAGGAUACUACUCGCAAAACAUUGGAAAACCCAAGAUCUACCCACACUGGAAGAAUGGCAGAUGCAACUGAUAGACUAUAUGCAACUGGCUGAAAUGACUGGCAGAAUCCGUGACCUGGGAGAAGAGAGAAUCGAGGAGGAUUGGAAGAAAUUUAAGAACUACCUACAAAAACAUUGUGAUUUGAUUGAAUGCUGAAUAAGAUGCUGGACUAAAUAACUGAGCACCACUUAACUUAGAAACUUUUUAAGGAAACAAGAAAAAUUGUGAAAGUUUAACUCUUUAUGAGAACUCUAAGAUUAUGAAAUAUCGAAGAGAUAUAAGAAUUUAAAUAAGAUGAUAAAUUGCUGACAAAAUGUUAUAAUGAUGAAGGUGGGAGCGGGAGACGUGAGGAAGUCCAAAGAAAAUGUGAAAUUAUGUUAAGACGAAUGCUAUAUUGUUUAUUACAUUUAUUCUUAUUGUAAAACCCAAUAAAUUGCUUUAAAAAAAAUAAAUAUUUUUUACUGGAACUAAAAAAAACCAUGUCAGUAUGUGUUCAGGGUGAAGGUCUGUAAAUUUCCAGCAUUUAUUCUAAAAUCGUAAUGCCCUGUGGACUGUCCUUCUGAAAAUUGGCUGCCUGGAUUAAUUUGUGAACAUCUCUGCAGAUUUUAGAUCAGCCAUUUGAUCUCAGAGGUGGUGGGUUGGUGGUUUUGGCCAUGAUUCCAGCCUUUAUUUUUUGUCAUAGGAGCAAAUGGCAGCCAUUUACUUGUAUAGGAGAAACUUGACACCACUGUGAUAAGGUUGUUUCUUUUCUCAAAUUUGCCCCUACAGUUUUGAGUUUUGUUGCCUCUCAGCUAUGUCUCAUAUUGAAAUCUUUUUGAAAAGUAAGCAAAGCUCAUAUGCUUUCCACCUCCCUUUCGCCUUUAUAUAUUCCUGUUUCUUGCUGUGGUUUUCUCUUUUUGGCCAUGGUUUUCUUUUGCUUCCUUAGCAAGCACACUUUUGUAUAUAAAUUACCUUAUUUAGAAAACGUAUGAUUUUAUUAUUGAAUCUGAAAACUCAUCUGCUAGAGACGUACUCAUUUCUUCUCUCCCGUUUUGCAGGGCUCCUCGCUUUAAGGGAUUUCAACAGCAGGACAGCCAAGAAGUUCUCCACUAUUUGCUGGAUGCAAUGAGAAUAGAAGAGACAAAGGUGAUAUGUUUGUAAAUCAAUAAGUAGGCAGUAGAUUUAAAUUUACAUUUCAACUAUUUUUUGGUGCUCUGAUGUGGUAGUUGAGACAAGCAGAAUAGACUCUUAAUCUGGGUUCAAGCCCCACGUUGGGCAAAAGAUUCCUGCAUUGCAGGGUGUUGAAUGAGAUGAUCCGUGCGGUCCCCUCCAUCUCUGCAAUUCUAUGAGUCUAUAUUAAAGAUAUUACUGCAUGGAGAGGACCCCUGGACUCCAGGCUCAGCAAAGUUAACACAUCUGUGCAAUAGUAGCAAAUAUGUGUCUGUUUUUGUUCCUUUUUGUUCCUAUUUAGUUGUAUUCAUGUCUUCCUUUGUUUAGUAAUCUGAGGGCAAUUUAACAUAACGCUCCCAGUAAUUUUACACCUCCUUAGCUUCAGUAAGGUCUGGCUACUCACCAGGUUGUUUGCCAUAGCUUGUGGAAUCCUUGGUUUGAAGCCACAAGUCUUAGAUGUCACUGUACAGUGUAAAUAAGGACGAGAAAAUCUUACAUGGCAUGAGUCAAUGUGGAAACUGCUUUCUUUGUCCUGGGAUCUCCCUCUAACUUGUUCAGCUGGAAAAUAAAGCAAUGUAAUGGGGUGCACAUAGUCCUGUGUCACACAGUCCAGCUGUGUCAUCAUCACACAACAUGUUUUGCUUUUAUUGAAAUGCUCUUUGUGUAUGGUGGACAAGGUUGCUUACAAUAUGCUUUGGUUUUGCAUGUACACUAUUAGGGUGUUGGAGUAUAAAAGUAUCCCUAAUGCUUAAUUAGCUAAUAACGUUAUAGGUUACACAUAGAGGGGAAAUAUUGAGAUUGUUGCGUGAGCACUUCAGACAUGCUGAUGCUUUAGUUUAGAACCAAAAGUAGAAAUGGGGGAAUUUUUUCCUGUUUAGGUAUUAAUUAGAUAUUAAUUUUCACAGCUGAUAGCUUGAAACACUUGAUCGCUUUGUGCAAAAUUUUAUAGCAAGAAAACGCUUGCCUAUAAUAGAAUGUUGGCCAAUACUAUGUUAGAAUAAAUAAACCAAAAUUAGCACACACCCUUUGCUGGACCUUAAAAGUUAUUUGUUUAUUUCAUUACCUUGCCAAUAAUUAUGCAUUCUAGUCUUACUUAAACCAGAAAAAGAAAAGCUGCGUAGAAGUUGUUUCCUAGUCCCAUUUCCACUUACGGACAAACAAAGCUUGAUCCCACCCCUGAUAACAAUUAAACCCAUGUUUUGCCAUAAUGGUGGAAUAGUAUGAACUGGGAAUUUAUCACCUCAGGCAUCACAGCAAGGGACAUUACUAGUAAAAGCUCUUGGGAUUUCCCCCCCUUCUCCCUUUUCGAUUUUAUAGAUGUGUGACAAACUGAAAAUGUCAGAUUUGUGGAUCUGGUCAAUCUUGUGAGCCGUGACAGUUGUGCCAGUCUGAAACAAAACAUGAGCAACAUUGUCUGUCAUGGGAACCCCACAGCUGUUAAUCGUGCUAUUGUUAGAGAGUGUCACUACCAUGUGUUUUGUUUUUUAUUUGAAGGGAUGCCUAGAGCAAUCUGUCUGCCACCAGAAUCCUUUAAAACUUCCUGUUUUUCACGCUGCUCUUAAAUGUAUUUACUCUGAGUGUAAAAGUUUAGACCAGUCUUCCUAAAUUGCCAAACAGCCACGUUUUUCACUUUCCCCAUAUUAAACUUUUAUUUCUGAACCAUCUAUUCUGCAUAAAUUAAAAUAUAAUUUUUUAAAAAUCUGAUCUUUAUUUUUUUAAAUAAAAAAUCUUCUGAUCCUUUAAAAUACAAUAAUAUAAAGACUAUUUUAAACUAAAAUUUAUGACAACUUUUUUUUUUAAGUGCAGGGAGUCUCUAUUGCUUGUCGAUCCUGCAUUUUGUUUCCUGUUAAAGUGCUUUCAAAUUUUCAUUCAUGCUGAUAAUCUCAUUUGUGGACUCAGAAUGCUUCCUUAUUCCCAAACACUUGGUGUUCUUUGUAUUUGCAUCCUUCUAAAUUACAUUAAUGUAUGCAAGUGAGCCUUUUUUGAAAACGGCACAGCAAAUGGAAAUAGUCAAUACCACAGUCAAAAUUGCAUGUUGUCUGGUUUUUUUUCCAGCACUGGGAGAUGCUUCACACCAGGGCUUGAAGUAUUUGAACCCUGCUGCUAAUUGAUUAAUGUCUGAUGCCAUUGUUAGUUGCACCCAAACCCUUCAAAGACUAUGUUUUCUUUGACCUAAAUAAAUGGUUCAACGCACUCAUCCCAACAAAAAGGGAGUAGCUUAUGGCCUUAAACCCAUUUAUGGUAUCCAACUUGCUGAGUUAUUUAUUGAUUAGCCCUCUUUAGUAUAUUGUUGGAUUUAAGAUGAACAAAGAGCUUGAGGCACUGGGAGUUAAUACACUAGCCAGGUCAGAUACUCGUGAAGUAGAAGCUGUUACUUGGUUCACUAGUGAUGUAGUUAAUAUUUCAAAAUACAUUUAUCAUGGUACUUCUCUGUUAAGGUGUAUAAGUGGAGCAAGUACAUCAUUUCUAAGUUAGAAAUACAAUUGUAUUUUUUCCCUCUUCUUUUCUGAUGUUGAUACUGACACAUCUUAUCAGCACAUGUGAGGAAUGAGUUUAGAAAGGCCCAUAUCUAGAAUGCCACUGCAUAGUAAAACAUGACUUAGUUGGAAGAUACUUAAUGUUCUUAAAUGUUUGGCUACAUGUGGACUAUAUAAUUAGAUUUUCAUUGAAUGCCAUGUUCAUAUAUGUUUUAGCUAUAACGCCCCCCCCCCCAACAUUAUGGCUUUAUUUAAUACUUAACAUUUUCUAUUUUCAGAAGUUCAGUUGUGUGUGUGGCCUCACUCUUCCUAACACAAUUGUUAAUUGUGUUAGGGGGGCAUCCCUAAGGAUUGGAACCAUGAUGUAUGGGGAGAAGGAGUUAACCUUUCCACUCCCUCCCCAGUAGUCCCAGUGGAAAUUGUAUCCCCCUGAAGUCAUUAUAAGUCCUAGCAAUAAAGUUUCCAUUGACUCCGAUGGAAUCUUCCCUGGCAGGGCUUAAAGGAGGUUCAGUGUGUGUCUGUGUAUUUUAUUUCAAUCUGGACCACGGUGGGGAAAAGAGCUAAUCUCUGUCCCGCAUGCAACACAGGCCCAAUUCUGAUUGCCUUGUCUCUCUGCUGUUUCUGUUGUUUAUAUAGAGAGAAAGCUGAAACAUGUUAAAUAUAUUCAUAUACAUUGAGGCAAAAGCAAACUGGGCACUUUGGUUCACACUCUUAGCCAUUAUACCAUACCAGUAUUUUUUUUAUAGAUUCUAUGUCAGGCGCAGGGAACUGGUAGCCCUCCAGCUGCUGCUGAACUACAACUCCCUUUGCUACCAGCCAGCAUGGCCAGUGGUCAGGAAUGAUGAGAGUUGUAGGUCAACAACAUCUGGUGAGCCACAGGUUCUGAGCCCUGUAACAAAUACCCCAUCACCAAGAUACCAGGUUGACUUUAAUUACUUUUGUCAUUGUCCUGUAUGUUAGAAAGCUGGCUCAGUAAAUACAGCUGCAUUUUUUCCAUUAAAACAGUUAAAUUAGGGCGGCAAUUUUGUUGUCUUCUAUUUGGCAUGUCAGGGUUUCUUCCAUGGCUUUUUUAGAGAGGGAAAAAGAUAAUCAUUCUACAAUUGUGUAAUCAGUUUGCUACUUGCCUGAAGAAACAUAGUUAUCUUUGAAGUGGGGCAGCUGAUAGAUACCUUUAAUAUUAACAAUUUAAGUUUCAAAUUUACUAGCAAUGUAUAAAAUGUAAGAGGCUACAUAUUUUUGACAGUACUGUCAAGUGUUCUUCUUAUUUGUUGUUGUUUGUUCCGUUUAAUAUAUUUCACUGUCCUUGCAAGUUUGAAUUUUUGACAAAAUAUGUGCUGAAUGUUUCUUACAGCGCAUACAAGCUGCAAUCUUAAAAGCAUUCAAUAAUCCAACAACUAAAACUGCAGACGAAGAGACAAAAAGGAAAGUCAAAGGUAUUUAGCAAAUGUGCCAUUGUGUUAACUUGCACAGAGUCUGGUUUGAGUUUGCUUUUGCAAAUGAAUUGACUAUGAAAUAUUUUAUUCAUGAAUAUAUAAUUUCAUUCAAAUGAAUCACACUGGAGGUUCCGUGUGGCUUUUUCAGGGCUUGUGCCUAUUAUUCUGGUGCCAUCUAGUGCGCAUGCAAAACACUCCCAUUGAUCAUUUUGUUCUACACUUGUAACCUGAUUCUCUGAUCUAGCUAUGAUUCACAUAGCUAGGUUGUCUUCUGUCUUUAGCCCUCUGUAAAAAAAAUAUACAGAAAAGCUAGAAUUUUAAGUGGGUCAGGAAGUCCUGCUCACUGCCCGCUACUCAAGUAUACAUAUUCUAAUUAAGUUGAGGAUUCAAUUUGGGGAAGGCUAGAGGAGUAAGGAAUGGAAAACACCCUCCCCUUUUUCUCAGCCCUUGGAGGAUGAGUCUAUGAAGUCUAGUUCAAGGCAAAUCACCACUUAGAAACUGUGGCAUUAAGCUGUCCAUAAAUUACCCUGUAAGACAGAGAUAUAAGGCUGUAAACUUAUACGGCCACAUUCCACAUUUACUGGGAAGCAAGUUCAGGCAAAACCAGCAGGACUGCCUUAACAGCUGCAUAAGUCAAAAUAUCAAAGCACACAUACGAAAAACAUGAGCUGGAAUAUAUUUUUAUCUAUGAAUUUAAAACACAAGCAUUACGAUUUAUGUUAAAGUAUUUGCUUUUGAUAUCUUAUUACAAGUUACUAUGGAGUCUUGUUUUGAAUACGAAAACCAAAAGUUCCUCUCCCUGCCCCGCAAAGGAGUCUGCCUUAAAUGUUAGUUCUUUAAUACUUAAGGCAGACUACUCAAGGAGGAAAAACAUAGUGGGAUCACUCUGAAGUGCUGUUGAUGCUUUGUAUAGCAUAAUAAAAUGUCCACUGUGUAAGAGUAUAUGGAUAGGUAUAGUCAUAUUUUGCAUUUUAAUCCCUCGGUUUGAAAUACAUUCUAAAUGUUUUAUCACUCUCAAAACUGUAUUAAGGACUGAUGAAUGGAAAUGUUUCUGUGUUGAUAGUAUUGCAGAUGUUUACUUACAAUGCACUAAUUGUUUUAAGAAGAAAAUCCUAGAAUGAAUUGUUUUUAGAAUGGAUGUAUGUGUUUCCUCCUUUAAAAAAGGGUAAUGUUUUUGCAGCAUAUGGAAGAGAGGGUGUGAAGAUGAACUUCAUAGAUAGGAUCUUUGUUGGUGAAUUGACUAGCACUAUCAUGUGUGAGGAAUGUGAAAAUGUAGGUAUUCUGGAAUUUGAUUUGUUAAAGUAAAAGAUCACUUAAUGAUUUGAAUGUACUGUGUUUUUUUAUUAACUUCUGUACUGUCUGUUUUAUCAAUGUCUUGCAAUAGUAUAUUAGAAACAGAUUAUUUCAAAGUGCAACCCUUUAAAUUUCACUUUCAUAUAGAGAAGGGAGUUUCAUAAAAAAACACAACCCUGAUCACCUGGAUAAUUUUAGGUUGGAGAUCUGAAUUCUAAUACUGUAAUGAAAGUAAGAUCAAAAACUAAUUAUGCAUUAAGUAUAACAUAUCCCUCUAGCUGCCAUGUAGCUGCUUCCUUGCUUGAAGAAAAACUAGAUGUUCUCCUCAGCCCUUCUGCAGGUUUGUUACAUUAUCAUCAAAGACCUAUAGGUCUUUGUGUGUGCUUAUACAUUCUCUUCAGGGUUCCUUAGCUAGUUCCUCAUGCACAGCAUGGAACUAAAAAUACCAUCUACAGAAAAUACUAAUAUCCCAGAAGCUGUUAGUAGUGCCAGUUAUAAAUGGGGGUGGGUUUUUUUUGGGUGGUGAGGUCUUUUGACAAAAUUCUUUCAGUGCACCCUUUUCCCUAACUGGGCAUACCUACCUCCUUGUUACUGUUUCCACUACCUGUUCAUUCCUCCCUCCGGAUUGUUUCCACCAAUUUCAAGAAAGCGUGUGUGUGUGUUGGGUGGGGAAGGUAUGCGAGUCCUUCUUUCUUCUCUAAUUUUCCUUUUGAUUCAAGAGCAGUUAAAUAGGAAGCAACAAGAGGGCCAAGAGAUUCCAGGGAUUGGCAGAGGGCCCCCGCUAGGCCAUGGGCCUCAGUUGUUGCCCAACAAUGCUGAUCCCUGAGGCUGGCUCUGGGUGAUAGGUAGACAGACAGACAGGUAGAUAGACAGUUGUUCAGUAGCCUUAUAUAGUUCUACCAGCUGACAAUAUAUUGGCUUUCAUAUUUUAGCAAAUAUGAGAUAUUCCCCAGUGUGGCAAUUCCAUUAUAACUUUCAGUAGACUUGUUGUUUUAUAAUAUCAAUCUAAAUAAGUACAUCAUUGAAAGACUUAAAUCUUUCUAUAGCCUUUAGCCCUGUCCCACAAACUUGUUCACACCACCCAGUUCCACUCCAGCAUAACAAGGGACAAUUUUAAUCAUUCCAUGACGCUCCUCCUUUUUCUAGAGCAGGGCUGGCUAACCCUCAGUUUGGGGACCUGAUCCAACUCCCCAAGCCAGUUUCUUUGCUCUUCAAGACCUCAGAAUUUGCAGCUCUGGCCAAAAAAAAUAAUUCUACACACUUCACAGUAGAGACAGCUCUGAGGUGAGCAGAGCCCAGCACCCCUAUGGGAAUCCAAAUCUCCACCUUCUCAGUCAUUAGCUCAAACAUUUGAAAUUAGCUGAUCUGCAUGGGUUUUCUGAGAAGGGGGGGCUGUUUGCCCCUAUCCUAUGUGUGGAAUGGCCACACUUAUCACUGGCAUGUGGACCCUGAAGGGUUGGUCAGUAGUGAAUUUGGUCAGCUUUCAAGUAAAAAACAGUUAGCCACACCUGUUUUAGAGUAUUAUUAUGCUGCACCAUCAAAAAGCAGUAUAAUAAUUUAUUCCUGAAUAAGCCCUGCAGUCUGUGGCAUUGAAGUGGCAUACUGAGAUGUUUACUCAUGAUGUUGUCUACUGGCAUAGUGAUGAUGCUGAACAGUUGCAUAAAUGGAAAUACUGGAGCCAGAUUUGCUACCUUGAAAGAGGGCAGUGUUGCUCACAAUGUAGAUCAGAAUGUCCCUGGGGGGCAAAUUGUUCUUAAAUGUGGGAUUUACCAUCUUGCAACAACUGUGCGAACCAUUUGUUCCCAAGAUACCUCCUGGGAAAAACCACUGAGGGAAAUACAUCCGUAAGACUUGCUGUACCAGGAAAUUACCGAGUGUGAUGCAUGUUGAAUACUUCAUAAGCAAAAUGUCAGAAAACAUGUCAUUGAGCCAAAGCCUUUGCAAGCAGCUAGAUCCAUGCAUAUGGCUAGGAUUGGGGUGCCAGAAAGAUUAACUGUUCUGUAUCAUUGUGGCCUCAUCCUUGCAAUCCUGCUCAUGCUGGUGUCAGGCAUGAGCUAUCUACAGCCCUGGUAAACAAGUUUCCGACUCGUAUUCCCUUGCCAGCAUUGGCAGGGACUAGUCGCUGGAAACCGGUGCCCUGAACUGCAAAAGUUGGCUUGCUUUUUUGGACAUGGAGAUUCCCUGUCCAUAGGAAACAAGGCUAGAAUCCUGCUGGCAGGCACCACAUUGAUACAGUUGUAGUUGGACUUGAAAAAAUAUUUCUUUCCCCCUCCCUCUCCUAGUAUCUGGAAAGACUUCAUCAGUGUCUCUCAAAGUUCAACUUUGAAAGAAACAUGACCCACCUUUAAAUGUUAAUGUGUGGGUUUCCAGUGGAGUCUCUAAGUGGGGCAUUUUGCUGCCUCUGCUUAUUAGUAUAGGCCCAUUGCCAGAGUUCUUGUGUUGCUGAAGCCUAAAGUGAUGCUAGUGGUUAAGAGAAAGGGGAGCAUGUUAAAGUCGGUGUAAAACAGCAAAAAACUAAACAUGUUUAGAUUUCUGUGCCUAAAUUUAGCCUCUAAUAAUGUUCUGAUAGUAUUGACAGUAAGUUCUAAAAGACAAAAUGUUCUGUUGCGAAUGAAAUCUAUGCCUACCUCUAGAUUUUGACAGUGUUCAUACUUCCGUUUUGCUUUUUUUAUAAACAACAACAACACAACCAAAAUGAAAUCACAGUCACUUCAUUUCUAAAACAGUAUUGUGAAGUUCUUCACUACAUAAAGAAACCUUAAUGUGUGUAAUAUUUUUGAAUUAGGCAGAUAUUAUUAAUUUUUAUUAUUUAUUAAAUUUGUUUACCACCCUUCAUCUGAAGAUCACAGGGUAGUUCACAACAUAAUUUUGUUUAUUUUUUAUAGAUAUUGUUUAUAGAUUCUAAUGCAUGAUGGAAACUCCACUUUGAUAUAUUUCUUUUUUUACUUUCUUCUAAGAUUUCCACAGUAAAGGAACCUUUCAUUGAUCUUUCACUUCCUAUAAUAGAAGAGAGGGUAAGAAACAACUUCUUUAAUAAAUAGCUACAAUUGCUACAUUAGCAUCAUGCUGCUGUGUUUGCGGAUCACUGACUGGAUGUCGGAGCAGCCAAAACAUUAGAUUGCCAGGAUUCAGUCUCUCCAUACCCUACCUUAGAUAUUGGCACUGCCAAACUGAACUUGACCAUCUGCACUGACCAAAGGGGUGACUAUCAUAUUUUUUUUAUAAAAAAAAUCAUGCUUGGAUCCUUUUUAAUGUGUGUGGAUUGCCCUUCCUGAAUUGGGACUCUUAUGUAAGAUUAAUAAAUUCAAACACAUUUAUUAUCUAGCCAUUUCCCUUUGCCUGUAUGAUAUACUAGUUUUAUACCAGAAGCACACAACUGAUCUUGUCUGAUAUAAAAGGUGAGCACUAUAAGCAUUUACAGUACUUGAUGUGUUACCGUACUUGGCAAGUAGUUAUUAGCAUUUUCUCUGCUAUGAAUCAGUUAUUCACAGUGAAAACAUGCAGUGUAACUGGAGUGUCUUAUGAAAAGAGGUGUUUUCCUCAUAAAGUAUAAGCACCCUCACAGUGUUUGGUAUUUGAAGGGUGGACGGGGGGGGGGGGGGAGAAGGAAUCUGCUCAGCUACAUCAGUUAUAUUUAAAAUAAAUGACCUAAAUUAUUCAGUGUUGACCCAUGAAGGGUGAACUUCUUCAGGCAAUCAGGUAUUUUUAACAAGUAGCAUUAUUGGGGAUGGGUUAGAAUCACUGUUGUGGGAAAAGAGCUAUUUUUGAUGGAUGCAGUCCUCAGCUGGUUAUCUAAGGCGCCUCACGACUUUGAAAUGAGCAAAUAAAUGAAGUUUGUAUUCUGUACAGGCCCAGCCUUGUCAGAUGUUUGAGUAUGACCUGUAGAGUUGAAGUUGUUUUGCUUUUAUGCAUCAUAUGAUCUCCUUAGGCCAGUGCUACUGAUUUGGACUGGAUAGCCCAUAUGCAUGUACAAAUCUACCACAUUUUUAUGUGAAUUGAAUUUUUUUUAAACAAGCAUAUGUGAGUACACACUUUCAGCUGUACUGUAUUACUUUAAUCGGUCACCAAUAGAAAAGAAAGGAAGGAUAUGCCUUGAAGCAUGCGGUACUUGGCCAGUCAAGCAGUUGGAGGGGAAGUUUAAAACCCUAGGACCCUGCUAUGUAAAAUAGAUUAGUAAACAGUAUCUCUCAACAGAGAAACCAGCAUGUAAUGACUAUGGAAGGUGGAGUGAAGAAAGCUAGGUGGAGUUGGCUAAAUCUCUACAGUCAGCUUGCAGGAUCUUUUACUUGUGGGUUGUGUCUUUUCAGUGUGUGUCUCCUUUUUCAAGCAAUUUUAUACUUUUUAUACUUGUUCUGGAGUUGGAAAGCUGGUCAAUUUCCUACAUGUUUGACCACUUGUAUGUAAUGAAUAUGUAUGUGCAAAUGCAUGCCCUCCUUAAUAAGGCAAUGAUGUCACCAUUUUGCAGGGAAUACCUAGACUUCACAUAUUGCAGGGAUGGAGAACUGGUGGAGAUCCCAACUGUCGCUGGACUCAAACUCUUCUCUGACCAUUUGCCAUGCUGCUCGAAGCUGAUGGGAGUUAAGAGUCCAACAACAGCUGGGGGAGAGGCAUCACAAGUUCCCUAACCCUGGUUUAUUGAGCUGCUUCCCCUACUUCGGACAGCCUCCUAAGUCACCACUGAUUUACAGCUCUCAUACUGCAGCCAUCCUAGGUAGUCAGCCUAAUGGUGAGACAGACAUUAGUUCUUCGUGAACUUAACAAAAAAGGGCUUUGAGAAAUUUUAAUCCUAAAAGCAGGGUAUAAAAUACCCAAAUGAAUUUAUAAUAGAUGAAUGUGCUCUGAAAAUGCUCAGGGACUACUUGAUUUGUGUUUGGAAACUCUGCAGCUGUUCAUAGACACUUAGCUACAGUUGCCGGAACAUUUGAGGGCAGGACCAUAGCUCAUGGAGAACGGCUGCAGCUCUGUUAGCAGAGCAUCUGCUUUGCCUGUAGAAGGUCCCAGGUUCAAUCCCUACAUCUACAGAGAAAACCCAGUUUGAAAACCUGGAAAGUCACUGCUAGUUAUUGUAGACAAUACUGAGCAAGAUGAAACAGUAGCCUGACCGAGUAUAAGGCAGCUUCCGGAGUUCCUGAAAGAGCAACCCUGCAUAGAUUGCAAGUGCUCAAGGCUUAGGACUCUCUCUUAGCCCAGCCUUCUGUAGCCUUGGGUGCCCAGAUGCAACCUCCAUUAUUCCCUUCAAACAUAGCUGAUGGUUGGGGUUGAUGUGGGCUGUAUACCAACAACAACUAGGGACCUGAGUUUGGAAAGGGCUGAUUUAGCCCAUUGUAUUUGAUUUUUAAAAGGAAAGCCUUGACCUAUGCUACUCUCUCAAGUUUCUGGGAGUAGUAAUUUUGUGAAGUUUUCUAGAAGAUAUAUGUCCUUGUAAUUAUUAACACAAUCUAAUUAAAUUUUGAAACACAUUAAUAUUAUUUUACACAAUAUGAUUAGGACUUGACCAGUAAACUAACCAGAUAUAUAUAUUUAAAAGUGUCAAAUGUCUAAUUCACCCUGUGCAUAUUGAUAUAAGCCAGCACUAUCUUGUUUGGAAAAGGUAGGAGGGAAAGAUAUUUUUUUAUAUAGGAGAGUGUAUGUUUUACCGUGAAUAACCACGUGUAUUUUCCAGAUCUCAAAACCUGUUCCUUUUGGGAGGACAAGCAGAGGUAAACAUAUCCAAGAAGCAGAUGCUGAGUACAACUGUUCUUCUGUUACUGCUCUGAAUAAUCAACAAUCUAAAUUGUCUAGAAAACAUUUGUUAACAAAAGAUAAGGUAAGAAUGCAACAGCAUUGCUGAUCUGUAGUUCAACUAGUUGUAUAACAAAUCACAUUUUUAUGGAAAUUUGCAGUAGCUGCAAAUUUGGUUUGAAUAGGUCUCUUUUAAUCUACAGCACUGUAUUACCGAUUUUUGGAUAUAUGUACACCUAAUACUUCUGGGGCUCAUGAUGUGGUGUUAAUACAUUUUAAAGUAGUGUAUUUAUGAAACUUAAAAGUGUAUGAUAUAUUCACACCCACACCUAUAAAUAGUGUGUGUGUGUGUGUGUGUGUGUGUAUGUGUCUAGGUGAUUUUUUAAAAAACAUGAUGGGUUUAAAAAUGAUCUUUCUUUCUUAAAAUAAAAUAAAAUAAAAAGCUACUUUUCAAAUUCAUUCUCCACACUCUGUGCCCUCCUCCCUGCUUUCCUCUAGUGUUGUCCAAGUUUGUUUCUGGCUGCAAUUGCAAGCAGUGCAGGGCUGGCCAAGAGAGCAGACAAGUCAGCCUUCGUGCCAUUUGGUGGAUCAGUUGGCAGGGUGUACUAUAUGAGAAGUGCAGCCAACACAGUCUCCCAGGAGACUUGGAACAUGGCUUCCAUGAUGUGCUCAGCCUCCAGUGGCCCAAGGGCCUAUGAACCAUAGUUCAGCCUCUUAACAUGGUUCUUCCUGAUGGUGGCACAGCAUGCUGCAGAUAUGAUGUGCUAAUACAAUGUGAGAUGCUGAUAUUUUUUGCUGCAAAUAUUCUACUGUACAUUAUUUUACAAGGAAAGCUUUUAUGUUUAGAUCAUUUAUUGAAAAUAGAAUACUUCAGACCAUUUUUCAUUUAAAAUUGUAACCUAUAUCCUUCAGCAUUUGACAGAUGAAAAAAUGUUUUGCUUAACAGCUGAGUGGUGAGCAUGAGGCCUCUAAGGCAGUCUGGCAGAAUUUCCCAUCUCCUAGUCGUUCUUUUAAUCCACUGACUUUAAAAAUACUAUUGCUGAAAAUCUAAAAACCUACUUAUUUCUCUUUGGAUGGCAUUAAGGUUUCAAUGGCUAUUUAUGCUUUUUAUUUUUCCAUUCCCUUCCAUUAUUGUGUUCUCUCCCUUUCCCCCCUCCGUCUCUCCCUCCCUCCCCCACCACUACCAUAUACACACAAAUGCUAUGAUUUUUAUGUUUGUUGUCUGUUUCAGAUUUUGAUACAUUUGCUCUUAGCACAAAAUCUUCUACUUGGCAUCUCUUUGUAUGCAGUCAAGCAAAUUUGUAGAAACUCUCCCCCUCUUUUUUUAGUGGAGUCUGGAAUUAGGAGAUGCUUUUUUUAUUUUUCCAGUCUCAGAAACUGAACCACAAGGCUUCCUUCAAACAUUCUACCACUUGUAUAGUGGCAAAGCUCACUAAAAGAAUUGUGGCAAGACCAUCAGUCCACAGUCUGCCCCUGCUAUGUUUUAAUCUUUGGGAGAAAAAAUCCAUCUUGAUUCAGAGGUAGCAGUGAGAAAUUGAGGCCAUGUACAAUGCAUGGAGAAUAAUAGUUGUGCUGUGUUCCCUUCCCCCCUUCUUAUUUUUAAAAGGCAAGACAAGUGGGAAUGCUCGGACUGUAUGUGGAGGAAUCCAGAGCUAGCAAUACAGGGAACUGAAUUUCAGGGGCUAUUUGGGAAAUCCUUCAAUGGGAAUCGAAUAAUUGUAAACACUAUGAGUUUUGCCCCACCCCCCAAUAGUUUGCCUGUGGGAAAGCAGUCAGUUUCAACUUUCAUGCAAGUCUCUUUUGUGCAGUCUCAGACGUGGGAUGGGGUGAUCAAGAAUGUCAUCAGCAGUAUCAGUAAGUCACUGACAAGUGCUUCUUUUUGGUACUUUGAGGCAAGAUACUGCAUGAGAUGGCCCUCCACCUUGCUGCUGUUUCUCACUUGCUUACCUCUCCCACUGGCCCAGUCCUCUAAGAUAAGUGAGGCAUGCUGGGUUUCUGCUCCUUCUCCUUGCUUGUUCCUUUCAAGAGGGCGGAUAAACAAGCAGCAGCAGCAGCAGCAGCGAGGAUGAGUAUAUCAGGAUCAGGAGCCUACAGGUAUUGGUAGUGGGUCCCCUACUCUGGGGUACAGGCUUGGACUCUUCCAUUUCCUGAAAUGAUGGUGGCCUGUUGGUGGCCCAUGAAACUUGCUCAGCCACAUUCCUGGCAGAAUUUUCAAUCCAAAGACCUUGCUUGCUGGGAGAUGAGCAACAUAGGCUGUGAUUUGAGCACUAGGAAAAUGUGAUGCAGCCAAUACAAGCGCUUCUGUAAGGAAGGGUAUUUUGGAUCCCAUGCAGCUAAAGUGCAAUUCCCUUCCUCCUGAUUGUUUAGAAAGGCUUUUAAGAGUAUAAGCUUUGAGCCAUAGAAAUUAAUGGAAGCCGUUCCCAUUUUUAGAUGAGUGACUUGCCCAUAAUAAUACAGCAAGUUGGGAAAAUUCUAAUAGUGUCUAGAGGCUGAUUAAUUUUAGAAUUCAAAGUCUGAAUUAAAAUAAAGAGAAAUACAUCUGAGGAGGAGUGUGUAAAUGACCUAAAGAGGUCUUUACACUCUAUAGUUAAAUGGUUCACUUUCAUUUAGAAAGUUUCUUGUUGCUAGUUGAAAGCUUUCUUGGUCCCCUUGGUCAUAUAAACAUAAACUUGUAUGUGUGCCCGGUUGAAUUCAGUGGACUUUAGUUCCAGCUGAGGUAAUUUAGGACUAUCACCUAAGGGAUAUUUACCGUCUUUAUAUUUACUAGAAAAUUUAUUUUGAGAUAGGGCACUGCCAAUUCGAAACACCAUGUGUUGGGAACCUCUUUCCUUAGCCAAGGAUGACAGAAAGCCCAGCUAUAUCUGAAUAUCCAAGGGCAUUUGGAAAAAAACCAACACUUCAUUGGAAGGCAGGCUUUUAAAUCCUUUUUGCUGAGCCUAAUGCUGCUUUUGUUAAUCAAAGUUAAACUUUGUAGUGUUGAUAAAUGUAUAAUAGUGUUCAUAUAGUUCUCAAGAUGGAUUUUUAAACACUUUCAGUUUUACUUAAGUUGUACACGUUCAUUUUUAUUAUGCUUUCAUAUCCCACUUACUGCUCAAACCAGCCAAAAUAGCUUUAUGUUAAGAAUAAUCCAUCCAUGAAAUAUUGUAGAAUUGGAGUCAUGAGAGGAAUGAGCUGCCACUGUUUUUUCUUUAUUUAUUGCAGAAGUUUUACAAGCCCUUAAGAUAAAUUGAUUUUGAAAGCGUAAGAGAUUUUAUUACAGAUUGAAUCUAAGUUUGAAUUGCAUGGAAUCAAAAAUUGAAUUUCAGCUUUAAGUUUGGUUAGUAAUUAAAUAUUUUUGUUUGCAAUACUAAAUUAAUGCAUUAAAUUUAAGAUAUCCUAGGCACUACCUAGGGAUGCGGGUGGCACUGUGGGUUAAACCACAGAGCCUAGGACUUGCCGAUAAGAAGGUCGGCGGUUCAAAUCCCCGCGACGGGGUGAGCUCCCGUUGCUCGAUCCCUGCUCCUGCCAACCUAGCAGUUCGAAAGCACCUCAAAGUGCAAGUAGAUAAAUAGGUACUGCUCGGGCGGGAAGGUAAACGGCGUUUCCGUGCGCUGCUCUGGUUCACUAGAAGCGGCUUAGUCAUGCUGGCCCCAUGACCCGGAAACUGUACACCGGCUCCCUCGGCCAAUAAAACCCCAGAGUCGGUCACGACUGGACCUAAUGGUAAGGGGUCCCUUUACACCUUUAGGCACUACCUCUUUCAGCUCUAUAUACUUUUCAGAGCUUAUCUGUACCUGAGUAGCUUAACCAGAAGGUGGAGUAACUGAGAAGGGCAUGGGGGUAGGCGAGUUAUUUGGGGAAAGGAAAGUGGACUGCCCUGCAACUCCUAUCAAAUAACUGGUCAGCUGUGUCUGUGUUCACUGAUCUGUAAACAUCACAGAUCCAGAGCUUUCCAGGACUGCCAUGCAAAAACAUGGAUCCAAUGCACAGAUACUUAUGGAUCAUCAUCAUUUGUGCAAGGAAUCCCCUCAAAACCAUUAUCAAAUCGUAUGUCUUUGUGCCUUCUGUGGCUGGUUUUGUUGUCAUCUUAUAUAAAGACCAUGGAAAUCCACGAGGAUAUUGGGGUCUGCCAUAGAGAAUGCCCUCUCCAGGACCACCACCACCCAAACUCCUGAGGGUAGUGGAACUACCAAGAAGCCCCUUCUGCUGAUCUUAACACCUGGGAGGGGCUGUAGGGUUUCCAUAAGAUAGGUUAAAGGGUUUUUCUGUUUCAGAAAGGUAGGAUAUUUCAGGUUAGAGUACAUCGCCAAAGACAUUUUAAAGCAAAUGCAUAAAUACUGUUGUUUUUUUUAAUUUUUAAAACCCAUCUUUUCGAUAUGCUUUUAAGAGUUAAUGCAAUGCUUUUAUGGAUUUUCAACAGACUUACGUUUGGGUUUUUUUCCUCCCUUUUGCUAAUGAUGUGGAAAUUGACAGAACCAAGAAAAUCAUGAAAGAAGAUUUGCCAAAAAAUCCUCCUCUGCUGAAGAAGAAACAAGACAUUUUAUCAUGCACAAAAAAGUCAGAAACACUAAAGGUGAAGGCAGAUCUGCUGUUCCAUAUACAGGAGACAGCAGUUCGGUAAUGGAAUCUGCAGCAAAUGGAAGUCAGACUGAAGGCAGUGAAAAAGAAGCAAGUCAUUCUGAAAGUAGCAUUGGUGCAGACAGUGAGGCCUCUGAAAGCGAAAGCCAUUCUAAGCAAACUGCUUCCAGCAGAGCUUGUAGCACACCUGGUGUGUGCACUGAUGAGCAUAAACAUUUAUCUGCAAGCAUUAAAUCACAGUGUAACAAAUCAAGUGAUGGCGGUACAGAGGGACUUACUAUUGGCUUAUCAAACCUCUGCUUGGGUAGUGGUGUCAGUGAAACUGAAGGGACUCUCAGUAGAGAUCAGCUGUCAAGUCUGUCCAACAACAUAGACGUUUCAGCAGAGAACCCCACAUUACUGCAAAACCCUCAAAAUGCUUUCCAGACUCUUUCUCAGUGUUACAUAACUAGUUCUAAAGAAUGUUCAGUCCAGUCAUGCCUCUACCAGUUUACAUAUGUGGAGCUCUUAAUGGGAAACAACAAACUUUUGUGUGAGAAGUGUACGGAACGGAAACAGAAGCACCAGAAGAAAGGAAAUUUCACAGGUAAUGAAAUGGUGGCUGAGUAUAUUGUUUCACAUAGACAACUUUCUAGGGUCCAAAGGAGUGUAUGAUUCUGGCACACUUGGGGAGGGAUGGGGAAUGUAUUAUAUGCCUUCAAAAGCAGCCACCAUCCUGCAUGGUAAACUGCAUUUGAAACAGAGAGGAAUUUCAAAGACCUUUUGUCACCCGGCAUGAAAGUCCGCUCUCCAGAGAUAAAGUUCAGAACUCUUUUUGGGCAUUUCCAAGACCUUCAUCAGCCUAAAAUAGUCCUUUUGGAUUCUGGCUGAAUAACCAAGAGACCCUGCAAAGCUGUAUGAUUGCACCACAGAACACAACCAGUGACAUUUAAGAGACUGAACUAAUGUGCAUUUUUGAGGGGAGCCUGUUCAUCUCACCAUGUCUUUGCAAAUCUUUUUGACCUCAGUACAGUUCUUCAAUAAUCUUAAAUCUUUUUAACCAUUACAUUUGUAUGACACAAGCACAAAUGGGGCCUGCAACAUAAGGUUGUGGUGUGCAGUGCUCCCGUGCAGGAUUCGGGACAGUUGGUUGUCAUUCUAUGCCCACUCAGGCAAGCUCAGUCCUCUUUGGCUGUCUCUCUACAGAACUUGAGAUUCUCCAGAGCAUGCUAAUAACGUCCCUCUUCUGUGUGAAUAAUGCCAUUUUGGCUACAAAUGCACUCAAUUACAUAUUGAUGUGAUACAUUCAAAGCACUUCAAAUUAAAAAAACCCAAGAAACUCCACAAAACCUUAACUCUAAUUGGCAUAUAAUACAAAGCUUGUGAUUGAUGAAAUUUAUGCAGAUUCCCCAGAUAUGUAAUUUAUUCCAGUAGCAUAAAUAGGUUUUUUCUAUACGUGCAUGUGUGAUUUAUAUAUUCUAGAGGACCUAAAUAAAUACGACAUUUGUCACCAUCUUUCAUUAGUUUGUAUUUGUAUAUUAAUGCCCUCUUGUGGCCAAAAUGCAUUUACAGUGUUUUUCUUCUUCUAUUGAUGUCUCCCAGUUCCUCUCAGCAAAAUCACUCCAACGUGAAAGAGAUGGAGAUUUGUCUUGUGAUUUGUAAACAUGGGAAAUAAUGCAGUUGGAGAGUGGCUAGGUGGCAAUAGUUGCCUCUAGCUGAAUUUUCUCUGGCAGAAACUUACUCCCUUCAGAACAUAAUUUAGGAGUUUAGCAAUAUGACUUGCUGGACCAGACUGAGGUCUGUCUACUUCCACAAGUUGUUUGCCCUUAGCACCCGAUAAACAGAGAUAUAUUGCUUCAGUGCAUGGAAACACUGUUUUGAGUGUCCGGGCCAAUUAAAAAUUGAUAAGUGUUUCUUCCAUGACUGUAUCUAUCUGUUUUAAAAGUGGAUUUACUGUAAUUUUUUUACACAAAUUUGUAUGUGUGAGUUAUAAAUCAUAACAUCGGACACCGUGUCUGUUGUAAGUUCAUAUGACUGAAUAUCAUCCAUGUUCACCUGUAUAAAACAUGGGGAAAGCACACAGUCCUGAUGAGCAGUAAUAUCAUACACUUGCUGUACUGUACAUGAAGGUUUUUCUUCUUUUCAGAACUGAUAGUUGCUAUUGAAGUAGGACUUACAUAAAUUUGCUGUGCUAGAGGCAACAGGAUUUCCCAGAGCCAUUCCUUUAGUUUGACUAUAAAAUUAAUAAUCAAAUCUGAAAUAUUUUUUCUACAAUAUUAUGUCCAAAAUAUCCAGCAAAAAAAGAGAGGUCCUUCUGACCAUUUUUGAACAUUCAGUAUGUUCACUGAGCCAGUGUUCUCAGUAGAAAGUCUAAUGGAAUUAGAUCUUAGAGACUUUUGGCUCAGAUAUUUAGCUGUGUUGGUGACUUUAGGGAAAUCAUUGCUUAUUUAACCUCAGCCGCCAUCUGAAAAAUAGCAAUAUAGGACUAUUACUAAACAUUCAUCUUUCUGGAUUUUUGUGGGGAUUGUAUGCAUACUUAAAAUACUACAGAAAAUAAAAAAUACUGCCAUGCUUUUUAAAUUGGUAUUUUUUUUUCUGUACAGAAAAGAAAAUAGAAGGUGUAUAUACAAAUGCCAGGAAGCAGCUGUUGAUUUCUUCGGUUCCUGCUGUUCUUGUUCUCCAUCUGAAAAGAUUUCAUCAGGUAAAGUCUUGAAAUAAGGUGUUAUUGAAAGGAGUUAUAAUUUUGGACUGUACUGAAUUUCUGUAAAACUGUAUUUUCUCCAGAGUGACUAGUGAUUCUUCUGCUGAUGAAAAUUAUCCUCAUCCAUGUCACAUUUUGACUGUGGAAGAAAUAUCAAAGACUUGAUCCUUUUAUACACAGCCAAAGAAAAUUGUGUUUUAGGGUGGUAUCCAUUGCUAAUCCUACUCUGACCAGACCCCAUUGAAGUUAAUACACAUGACUAACAAAGGUUCACGAAUUUCAAAGAGUCUACUCUGAGUAGGAUUUGUUGGCUCUUAAUGUUGUGUACUGCCUUGUUAUAUUUUCUAUGACUGUGUGGUUUAUAAAUAAAUAAGGUAGAAAUGACUAAGCCAUUUUGUAAGUGGGUCUUUAGAUUUAUAGGAUUUUUUUAAAAUGCAGUUUAGUUCUGUACAAUACAUAAUUUCAACAGAUGCAGCCUUUCUCUUUGUGGUACUGCAAUUUAGCCUUCUAUGUUGCAUUUCUGCAUGACUGAAUUUAGCAAUUUUCUUAUCAACGUAACAAGUAAAUAAAUAAAUUUGUCAGUGUAUGUAUACUGUUCUUGUCAUUGCAGUCGAUUCAGAAUUUUUGAAUUUAAAAAGUUCAGUACUGUGCUUUUGCAGUACAGCUGGAUUCAGGUGGCACUCAAGUAGAAACAGUAAAUAUUUCAUUUCUUCUUCAGGCUGGUAUGAGUCUAAGGAAAGUAAACCGUCAUGUGGAUUUCCCUCUUGUUUUGGACUUGGCUCCGUUUUGUUCUGCUUCUUGCAAGGUAUGGCAUGUCAGAAGCACCAUUUCAAUUUAUACAGUACUUCAAAGAUAAUUUCAGGCUUCAGUUUUUACAGCUGUCUUUGUUUUCAAGUGAAGCCUAAGGCUUCCCCUUAAAUUACAGAAAGCCUCAUUUCUCUGCCAAGUCAAGAUAGCUGUAUUGAAUUGGUAAUAGCUUAAAAAAACACACCUUUUGCUAGCCUAAGAUGUAGAAUUAGUGAAGGCUUGUCACUGUUUUUGCUAAUUGUUAUAUUUUUAAGCUAAGUAUGUUCUCAAAACUCACUGCAUAGAAAUCACAUUUCCCCCUUUCUGUCUCCCUUUUGUUUUUGCAAUGAAGAAUGUGGCAGAUGGUGGGAAAGUUCUCUAUUCUCUUUAUGGAAUUGUGGAGCAUAGUGGGUCCAUGCGAGGAGGUCACUAUGCAGCAUAUGUGAAAGUCAGAGCACCAUCCAAAAAGAUUUUGGAACACAUUUCUAGCAACAGAAAUGUUCAAGGUAUGUACCUAAAUAAAAUGAUGUAUUUUGGGGACACGCACAUCUACUACAUUAAAUGCAUGCCCUUUUCUCGGUAUCACGCAGUUGGUUUUAUCAGUUCAGUACUUCUGCAGGCUACAAUAAACAUUUAUCUUUUAGAUCCAGCCCACCUUUUUCCAGCAAAAGGACAAUUAAGACAUUCCGUUUCUUACGCUUGCAAUAAUUUGCACAUUCAAGAUUUCCAGCCUUUGGUCAUAAAUAGUAACUUUUGAAUCUGGAUUCUGGAAAAUUCAGGACAUACUGAAGGAAGUACUUCACACAGCACAUGAUAAUUAAAACAGUGGAAUUCUCUCCCACACAAGGUAGUAAUAAUGGCCACCAACUUGGAUGGCAUUAAAAUAUUAGACAGACGCAUGGACAGUAAGGCCAUGAAUGGCUAGUAGUCAUGAUGACUAUGUUGGAAGCAGUAAGGCUCAGAAUACCAGUUGUUGGAAGUCAGUGGGGAGAGCACUAUUGCACUUAGGUUCUGCUCAUAGGCUUCUCAUAGGCAUCUGGUUAGCCACCAAGACAAAAGAGUGCUGGACUUGAUGGGUUAUCAGGGCUCUUCUUAACUUAACAUUUACUGCUGAAAUCUUGUAUCUUCUACAUUGGAGAUAAUACGUCAUUUAACAUUGUUCAGUGUAGUAUCCAGGACUGCUGGAUAUCUGUGCUGUAGACUCAAUGAUUCUGAAUUUACAAAGCAGCCCCAUAAAAUGGGUAUCUUCAGAAGCUAAGUUUUCUCUUUUUUAAAAUAUCAGUGUGUAGCCUGCACAGAAGCAGAAAUGUAUUUGUAACAUGGACAAGUUUCUAGUGAAAUCUCAAGAGGCUAGAAAGGAGGAGAAAUCCACUGCUCAUGUAGUGGGGUUUUGGUGCUCUGUGCACUUUUAUUUCCAUUUCUUCUCUGUCCCCCCGCCCCCAGUACUGGCCCUUGUCUCCCUGCCCAAGCACAGAGCAGUGGAAGUAUCCAACAAAGUAGCUUCAGUUUUCAAGGCCACCCUAGCUCACUCCAACAUGCAGUUGGGAAAACACUGCCUUUCCUCAUUUGUACUCUUUUGCUAAGACAAUUUUCAAAGCUGGCAGUACUGAGAAUAUGAAAACAAAGUUUCAGUGAAUUUUAUACAAUAGCAAACCUUCAAAAUUCUCACAGUUACUGGCUUAGUCAUAUUGUAUUCUCUUUUGCACUAUGAUGGUAAUUAAUAACUCUUUUUGUUUUGUUUUUUGCAUUUCAGGUUUGAAAGACUCUGUAGGAGCCACUGCAGGACAGUGGGUAUAUGUCAGUGAUACCCAUGUACAAGCAGUUACCGAAUCAAGAGUAUUAAAUUCACAAGCUUACUUGCUUUUCUAUGAAAGAAUACUGUAGCUGUAAUCAAGACUGAAAGUCUAAGUUAUUUUUGUGUUUUCUUAAAUGCAGCAGUAAUGUAAAUAUUGUGCUUUUAUCUGUUCUCUAAUACAAAAUUUACUGUGAUUUCUUACUUUAAAAACAAUGCCUUGUGUUCUGAGAAGCUGGUGCAUGCACAGAGCACCUAGAUGCACACAUAAGUUGGGUAGCUUACUAUGCUGAUUGGCAGCUGCCCAUCAAACAGCAGAGGAUGCAGUUUUAGCACCCUGUGUUGCUGCUUUUGGAAGGGGCAUGUUGAGCUGCCACCAGAGUGGAGGAACAGAAAAUCAUGUCAUGUGUAAGUGGAAAUAACGUCAUGUUUCUCUGAAUAUAAGCCCACAUGCUCAUUAUUUAAAUCCCCAAAAUGCAUUUGAAACAAUGUGCUUGGAAACUGAAUACUGUAGUGAAAUUUCAGUUUCGGAUAAGCAAAAUUUUAAAAAACAUGAAUUGAGAAAUGAAUUGGAGUUGUGCCUGAUUUUUUCUUAAUACAGAGGUAGGGUUGCAGCUCACAUAAGCAGUCUCUUUCUCUACCUUUCUCUUGCAAAAAGGGGAGGCAGAGGACUGUACAGCAGAGGAUAGAGCAAAAUUCUUCCACCUAAUUUUGGUGAUUUCCCCCCUCCCACUGCAAGGUGGUAUAACACAACCCUCACUGUGCAGCCCUCUCCUUUGGAGAAGGCUUUUUUGGGGGAGUAUAGAAGGGAGUGGGGAAGAGAGAGAGAGAUUGCACAGGCUUUCUGUUUGUGCAACCAUUAAGAGUUAGCCUGUGCCAUUCACUAAUCGUGUUCCUUUAAAACAUUGCUGUAGUUUAAGUUGCAAGCUCAACAAUUGAGUUCUACUCUGUUGUGUAUGCUUUAGUUGAGAUUCCUGCAUUGCAGGGGGCUGGACUAGAUGACCCUUGGGGUCCCUUCUAACUUUACAAUUCUGUCAGUUCAUAUAUUUAAAAAAAGGCAUGUUGCACAGUUCUUCUAGAACUGAUUCUCUUCUGAAUGCAUGUUGAGUUCUAUAUGCAGAAAGUUGAGUACAUCAGGGAGUAGAUUACAACAGAACCAUUAAAACAGAACAUUUCUACCUUAUGUGCUCCCUUUUCACAUUCAAGGAGUGCUUGACAUGGGAGUGUAUUCAGAUAUGCACCAUGACUAUAGUCACUAUGCUACUUUUUCAGAACAUUUGACUUUGCUUAUAGAUAUAGUAACAACAAACACAAUGCAACAGGCUGUUUUUGACUAUGUAACUUCUAUUUCAAGCACAAUUCAACAUAUAAUAUCUCACAAGUCCAUUCGGUUCCUAAAUUGGCAUAUUGGCAAUAACCACAAUAUGGUAUGCUUAUCUUAUGAUUUUCCACGUACAGUGGUACCUCUGGAUACGAACGGAUCCAUUCCGUAGCCCAGUUCGCAUCCUGAAGUAAACGUAAGACGCGUCUGCGCGGGUCGCGUUUCGGCGCUUCCGCGCAUGACGUCAUUUUGAGCGUCUGCGUUAUUUCCAGGUCGCCGCGGAGUGCGACCCGAAAAUAUUCAUCCCGAAGCUACUUCAACCCGAGGUAUGACAUUCCUUGUAUGUAGAUAUCGGAUCAGAUGGAAAACUUAAAGGUAUGGCACGACAAGGAUUCCGGGAUAAUACCUUGUUUUGCCCAAGCGGGCUUCGUCAGCUGUGCAUGCUCUAAAUUAAACAAACAUCAUGUAACAUAAUCCUUAUACAAACUAAGUAACAUAACAUACAAAUUAAACAAGUUUACAUACCGUAUUCUUGUAUGACGGAAACAUGGAACAAAAUAAAUCCAAUCACUGGCCAAAGUUCCUUUUUAAACAGAGAGGCAGUAUAGAUUCUAACUCUCCUGACCAUCCAUUGGACUUUAAUUUCUCUUGAUAUGUUCUGCAUGAUGUGUUGGUCUAUGGAAUUACACUUUGUGAGAUAUUAUAUGUUGAAUUGUGAUUGAAAUACAAGUUACAUAGUCAAAAACAGGCCGUUAUGUUGUGUGUGUUGUUACCAGGAUUGUACUUACGUAGCCUAAGGUUUAGUAGUGUUUUGCAUUUGCUUAUAGAUAUCCAAAUAUACUUUCUAGUCGUACAUUAUGUUCUCUGCCAUUUUUAUCUGCAAAGCAUCAUAUAGUCAAGCAUGCUGAUUUACUGCACACCCAACAUUUUAGGGUGGUGACUGGAUAACUUAUAAUUAUACAUUUUCUUAGUUUCUGUGAUUUACACAAUAUAUACACUACCGACUGUACUCAACUUUUUUUUCUAUUAAAUAUGGGGGUGGGGGUAUAUUGCUGUCUUACAAAGGAUCAGGGCUGCUGUUUAUUACUGUCCUCAAUAAUAUGGAUUUAUGCAUAUUAUUUCUAUUGUACAGAGGACAGUGGGACUAGCUCCGCAUGUGAAAUGCAGUUUUUUUACUUCUUAUUUUUUACCUGUGCACCACAUGAUCUACUUUUAGGACUUGGAGAAUUUUAAAGAAAAAUUAUAAUCUCUUUGUGGAUGCUCCUUUUCAGCUUCUGGACAAUCCAAGUUUCUCCUGUGCACUGAACCCCUCAUAUUCUAGGAUACUCUUUAAAUUGUAGCCAUUGGGUUCCAGCCAGUUAUGUGUCUUAGCCGAUGGUAAGGCUUCCAUCAGUGGAAUGGGGAGAAAAGUAGUUUGGCCGGGGCGGGGCGGGGGCUUCCAGAGCCUAUUUAAGGGAAGUAAGGGGCUGCAAGAGGGAGGAGGAAUCGUGGGAAAUUGUUUCCCUCCCUUUCCAGUCACAGCAGCUUUGCUUACCAGCAGAGCCACACUGUUGGAUAUAACCCACUGCCUGCUAAAAACAAAAGAAAGAGUCAAUUUAACAAGCUGUAUAAUGGGACAGCAGUGAGUGUGUCAUGCACAUACGUAUCCAUCUAUCUCUGAGUAGUUUCUUGCAGAAUACAUCCAGAAUGUCUCCAUACCCACCUCACUAAUUCCAGUUUUAAUGAUAAUUUAUUGAUAUUACGUUAUAAUCCCAGCACUGGAGAGAGAGUUGUUGUGACCUGUAGUAAUCCAUGAUGAUCCACAUUUAAUCUGAUAAUUUAAAGUAAAUUAAUCAGUUUCAGUGACUGAUCAUUUCCAGAUUACGUAUCUAUCCCAACAAAUCCAUCACUCACCCAUGCACAUUUAGAACAAUGUAGCUUACUCAGAUGUACCUUUUUAUGCACAAUCAUAUCCAGAAUUUAUUUUAAAUACUGCAUUCCAGCACUUUGGGGAUAAGACAUGAAGAUUCAAGUGCAUACAGGAAUUUGUUAUCUGUUUCAACAGGGGUUAAAACCUCUUACACUGAAAGGAAAUGGUACCUAUUCAUUGGUACGGGAGUUCUGAAGAAUGCAUACACAAGCUCUGGAAUGUGAUUUAUGUUUUGGUUUCUACAUGAAAUAAAGACAUUAUAUUUAAAAAAUUCAGUGGCACCUUUCUAAAGAGCAUCCUUUAAAAUUCACGCAAUCCAAAGUUAAAUUCUGUCAAAUUAAAAGGGAGUUAACUACACUUUUUUAAUGCUCACAUUAAAAUCAGUGGGCUUUAAAUAUGCUUUGCUUUGGCUGGCUCAUGAUAGCAAAUGAACAGUGUAUGGGUUUUGCUCAUGCUACAAAAGCCUAAUUAGCUAUCUACUUCUGGAGCUAUCAUAGUUGAGUGGUUUUCUGUGAUUUUUGAAAAAAGGAUCUCUGCCCGAAUCUCCCUUGCAAUCUCCUUGUACUACCUCAGGUUUUCACCUCUUGUAUUUAUAUUCAGCCCUAGAAUUAGAAUUCAGUAUCCCAAUAACAGACACGCUCCACCAUCACUUAUUCUCCCUCUCCCUCUUUGCUUUCCCCCCAUGCAUUUCAACCUUUUCAGCCUUUUGAAAUGGCUCCUGACCUUCGACUUCUUUUUCUCUAUACUUGCAUGCCCAUGUUAGUGUGGUUGUGGUUCAGACUGAAAUCAGUCCUCUGACUGCAAAACACUUCCUCAGAUAAGGAGGCGUCAUAGAAGGAAAUCUGAUACGACCACUACUGUAGUAUGGUAACUGAGCAGUGCAAGUGGCACCAUCUUCUGGCUAAAUCUUGGAACUGCACACUGUAAAACCUGGAUCUAUUGGAAUUUAGGCUACAAAGUUUCAGGCCAGUACUUCCCAAGGCAAGGGUGUUCGCUUAGCAACUCAAGAGUCGCUGUGAGUUUUAUGUAUAAGGCACAAUGAGAACUUGAUUUGCCUGUUGGGAACAGCAGUGUGUUGAAAAGAAGUCUAGAAUUUCAAAAUACUUAAUUUCGAAAUGAAAUAUUUUAUAUUUUUCCUCAAUGGUUUACAUAUGAUAGAUUAAACCAGGGAACUUUGUGAGGCAGAUGAUACUUAGAAUAAAUUUAGAAUGCACUAUGAAUAACAGAUUUUCUAUUCCUUAAUAUUUCAGUAUACUAGUAAACUUGGAUUAUAUUAAAAUAUUCAGGCCAAUAAUAUAUUGCAGAGGAUACUUGUGUAAUGAUGAGCAAAGACAAAUGCAAGCAUAAUUUACUUUGUAUGUGCAAUAAAUGAACCUAUUACUGUAUUUUUACAUAUUUUAUGUAUAAAAUGUAUAGAGAAUGUUAAACAGGAAUAUGUAUUUAAUUGAAUGGAGGCAAAAUAUGAAAAUGUCUGCUAAAUAUAUACCAUUGGGAUACAAAAACACUUGUUUAUUUUUGAUUGUCAAAAUAAAACAUAAAAGUCAGCACACAAGUUGAGAAAAAUGUUCAGUUUACAUUUAUUUGAAGGGGU